CCAGAAUGCAGCCGCUGUGCAGAGAGUACUGGGAGUUGUAGUUCGGUCCCCUGUGGAGGAAUGUCCAUGUGACCGGGGCCGAGCUGUGUGUGAUGUAAACAGAGGGCUCGGCUGGCAGUGCACGCGGCGCUGUACAGUAAGUAUUCGGCCCCCGCUGUGCGCGCCCCCGUGCAGGAAGCAGUCCCGUGUCCCGGAGUCACUCCGCCCGCCCGCCGGACCGAGCACACCGCGAGCCCGCCACGCUCACCCCCCACCGCCGCUGCUGUAGACGGAGCUGUCCGGGCGGGGCGCGGCCCUGGGAGCUGGGGGCGGGGUUACAGUCCGCCCCGGGAGGCUGAGCGCUGCCUGCUGGCCGCCCUGGGGGAGCACUGACAGCGAGCGCACAGCAUGGAGCACACCGCACCACCGGCACAGCGCCGAGCGGCCAAUGGCAGCCUGGGGGAAACCCGCAGCAAUGACCGCCAAUCACCGGCACUGGCAGACAGCACCGAGCAGGUUAGUGGGCACUGCCGGCAGGUGUCCUGACUGACACUCUGUGAACGGGGGAUAGGUAGGGGCAGUAAUUGGCACUCUGUGAACGGGGGAUAGGUAGGGGCACUAACUGGCACACUGUGAACGAGGUAGGUAGGGGCACUAACUGGCACUCUGUGAACGGGGGUAGGUAGGGGUACUAACUGGCACACUGUGAACGGGGGAUAGGUAGGGGCACUAACUGGCACUCUGUGAACGGGGGUAGGUAGGGGCACUAACUGGCACACUGUGGACGAGGUAGGUAGGGGCACUAACUGGCACACUGUGAACGUACUAACUGGACUGUGAACGGGGUAGGUAGGGGCACUAACUGGCACUCUGUGAACAAGGUAGGUAGGGGCACUAACUGGCACACUGUGAACGGGGGAUAGGUAGGGGCAGUAACUGGCACUCUGUGAACGGGGGAUAGGUAGGGGCACUAACUGGUAGGUAGGGGCACUAACUGGCACUCUGUGAACGGGGGUAGGUAGGGGUACUAACUGGCACAUGUGAACGGGGGAGGUAGGUAGGGGCACUAACUGGCACUCUGUGAACGGGAGGUAGGUAGGGGCACUAACUGGCACACUGUGAACGGGGGAUAUAGGUAGGUAGGGGUACUAACUGGCACACUGUGAACGGGGUAGGUAGGGGCACUAACUGGCACUCUGUGAACAAGGUAGGUAGGGGCACUAACUGGCACACUGUGAACGGGGGAUAGGUAGGGGCAGUAACUGGCACUCUGUGAACGGGGGAUAGGUAGGGGCACUAACUGGCACUCUCUGAACGAGCUAGGGGCACUAACUGGCACUCUGUGAACGGGGGAUAUAGGUAGGUAGGGGUACUAACUGGCAGUAUGUGAACGGGGGAUAUAGGUAGGUAGGGGCACUAACUGGCACUCUGUGAACGGGGGAUAUAGGUAGGUAGGGGUACUAACUGGCACACUGUGAACGAGGUAGGUAGGGGCACUAACUGGCACACUGUGAACGAGGUAGGUAGGGGCACUAACUGGCAGUAUGUGAGUGUGUGUGCGCCAUUGGUGAAGCCUGUGUAUACUAUAAGCAAUGGGUGAAAAUAACCAAUACACAGUGUGUCAGUGAUAGACACUGCAAGACAGGGAUUGGGAAUUAAACAUCUGGAUACAAUGAAUGGCACAGCAUUAAUAUAUCUGGAUACAAUGAAUGGCACAUAAUAUAUCAGGAUAAAAUGAAUGGCACAGUAUUAAUAUAUCUGGAUACAAUGCAGGGGGCAGUUACUGUGCCAUAGUUGGACAGGCUGGGUAUCCUGGUCAUAGAGUAUGAAGAUACACACAGUUUGGGAUGUUGUGGGUUGUUAUGCUACUGUUACAUUGUUGCUACUUGUUGACUGUUAACAUGUGUGAGCCAUUGGUAUGUUGUUAGAUUUUAAUUGGGGUAUUCAGAACCAGAUCAGGGUGAUGAAGUGGCAUUGAAAGAAUUCUUAGGGGUUUGUUCACUUAGAAACUCAAGAUCACUGCAAGGGAAAUGGAAACCAUAGCCAUACAUUUUAUGCCAAAAUAGUUUAGAGAAAAUCUCCUACUCCACUAUACUGUAUUCAGUCACAGCUUGGCCAUUUAGCCUGAAUUUUUCAUUUUCAUUCAGUUUAGGGAAUAAACAAUUUGGUGAUUUGUGAUAAGCUAAUUGUAAAUGAAAGUUUCUUUAUUGAGAAAAAGUACUAUUACAUUAUGAGGUUGCUAACUAAGCAGCAGUUUGUGAAAUAUAAGCUAAAAUAGCCAGAUUAGAUAAAAUCUCACAUUUAGACACUUAGACACUGUAGCAAAUUAAAAUCGGAAUGGUAAAAUAGAGGCCAGGUUGCCAAGCUGUGACUAUAGUAGUGUGAGCUAAUUUUUCCAGAUAAGCUACUGUUGCCUGAAUUUGCCAUCCAGAAUUUAAUGUAUUACAAACCAGACUUUAGUGGAUACCCUGGUUUUAGUUUUGCUUUCCCUCUCUAAACUUGCUGUUUAGUGAAUAGACCCUUAUGUAUUUGUUUUAACAGAGUCCAAAAAUAUAGAUAUUUCAGUUUGAUGAAACAUUAAUUAAUGGCUUAUAUUGGUUAACUAUAAUUACUUUAUUUUUAUUAUUUGUAAAUUAGACUUGGCUAUCCACAAUGCAACAACAGCCUGUAGAUGCUUCUUACAGUGGGUAAUAUUCAGCAACAGUAAUCAUAACGCUUAAAGCCACAUUCUAGAAUCUCUAUAGCAUCCAUCCAGAUUUUCUCAAGUUAGAAAUGUAAUUUUGACAUUUAUGGGACACAUACCAGUUUCUACUUUGGGUAUAUGCUGAGUGGUUUUAACUAAAGUGGCUGUUUUACCUGAUUGAUAGUUUUGUUUUAUUUCUUGAUCAGAGGGGAUUUGGGAACUAAUCUUUUCGACCGUAGACCUACUUCAACUGUUUUAACUUCUAUUUUCGGGUUUAAUCAUUUUUGUAUAUAUAUUUGGCUACUUAGUAAAUAUGGAAGUCUGGCAAUGGGCUUUAAUUUAGCCUUCGUGGCAGUUAGCACCAUAAAUCUAGAUACUGGAUUAUGUCUAUCCACAUAUCAUUGGUAGUGUCUGCAAUACACUCUGCCUAAUGGUUUACACCCACUUGCAGUUUCUGUCAAGAGGAAAGAGUGCUGCCUAGCUUAAUCAGUACAACUACAUCUCCCAUUUUUUAAAAAUCAAAUCUGGAUACUGUCUGACAACAUACCAAUGUUCACCUGAUGCAUAUCUACUGUAGAGCAACCACAAUUUCAGAAUAAAUUAUUAAGAUUUGAUCAGCAGAGACCUUUUUUUUUGGCAGAUUGAGUGAAUUGAUCUGUUAUAAUGGUAUUAUCGUGUUAUUAUGGAAUCUUAGAAACUUUGGUGAGGAAAGUUGGGACAUAUUUUGGGAAGUUUGACAGACAAUGAAAUCUGUGUGGGUACAAAACAGUGUAAAUCAGCGUCCUGCCUUCUGUGAAUUUACUUUCCAGUUUUCCGUCUGUAGAUACAUCAACAAACCUAAUUUUUCUACUUUGAACAUUGUUUGUCUACAAAAUCUUAACUAGACAAACCAGUUGAAUGUGUGCGUCGGUUUAUACAAAAUAAUGCACAGGUGUAAUUUUAGUCUGUUUCCUUUGAUACUUUAGAAUUUGGUGAGGUUGUGGUAGGAAUUAGCCCGUUUACAACUAACUUUUGACCUACAGGAAUACCUCGCUUAACUUCCAACUGCUAUGAGUGCUAAGCAAAACAGCUCUAAAUGGGGCAGUUUAACCUCUUAAGGACCAAACUUCUGGAAUAAAAGGGAAUCAUGACAUGUCACACAUGUCAUGUGUCCUUAAGGGGUUAACAUGGGGAAGAUAGGCAUAGGGAAUCAACUUUGAAAAAAAGACACAACACCAAUAGAAUUUUAAAACUUUUUUUACUUGCUGUGAACUGCACACAACAGCAUAAAUAAAAAGCUAAAUGAACUAAGGGUUUUGCACCCAAUAAAUUAAAUAAACAGUACCAAAUUAAAGUAACAGUCCUCUUUUUUUGGCCACAAAUUAGUCAAGGGUCAUUUGUCUAUGCUUCUUGCUGCUAUUGACCUGAUGCAAUGCCCCAUUUAGGAGCUCAGAGGAAAGUUGGAGGCUCAGUGUCCGAGUCGCUGGUGUUCUGAGGUUUCUGUGUGCCCUGAUCAGCCAGUUCUUCAAGAUCCUCAUUGUUGAGGCUCUCACCUGAAGCCUGGACUAACUGCUCAAUGUCCUGAGCAUCUAUGUCUCCUAGUCCAGCUGUGGUCACAAGGUCAACUAUCUCCGCUAUGAUGGGCUCUGGUAGUUGCACAUCCUCAGACAGCUCUGGCCAGAUCUUUUUCCACACAGCCUUGAGGCACUGCUGUGUCACCUCCUUCCAGGAAAGAUCAAUGUUGGAGACAGCCUUCAUGAUGUGGUACUGCUUCCAGAAGUCCAACAUUGACUGCUUGUCCUCGCGGUCCGUUCAAUCAGCUGAUGGAAUGUCCGGCGGAGAUAGUAGGCCUUGAAGGUGGCAAUCACAUCCUGGUCCAUAGGCUGGAUAAGCGACGUUGUGUUGGCAGUAGGAACAGGACCUCCACAGGAAUGCAGGUGGGCAGCUCAGCCAAGUUAGUCGGGUGGCUCGGCGCAUUGUCCAUGAUGAGCAGCGCUUUCUCCUCCAGUCUCUUGCGCUGACAAUAACGCUGCAUGGAAGGGCAGAAAGGGUCAGUGAACCACUCUGUAAAAAUAUCCCUGGUGAUCCAUGCCUUCCUGUUUGCCUUCCAAAUUACUGGCAAGCUGGACUUGCUAAUGCCCCUCAUUGCCCUCGGUGUCUGGGAGUGGUACACCAGCAAUGGCUUUAUACGGAAGUCACCGCUGGCAUUCCCACCCAAAAGAAGGGUCAGCCUGUCUUUCGCCGCAUUAAAGCCUGGUGCUCUUUUCUGCUCCCUGGAGAUGAACGUGCGGCUUGGCAUCCGCUUCCAGAAGAGCCUGAUCUCAUCCACAUUGAAGACAACCUGUGGUGCAUAGCUCCGUCUAUCCACCACGUCCUUUAAAGAGGCUGGAAAGGCUGCAGCAGCUCCAGUAUCCGCACUUGCCGCUUCACCGGUGAUCUUAAGGUUGUAGAAGUUGUACCUUUUCUUAAAGCGGUCAAACCAACCUCUACUUGCUGCAAAACUCUCCAUCACAUCUGGAUCUUGACUCUGUAUGUAAGCGUAAAUGCUCUUCGCCUUCUCCAUCAAGAUGGCCUGGCUGAGAAGCAUGUUACGCAUCAGCUCAUCAUCUAUCCAUAUGGAAAGCCUCUUCUCCAUCUCAAGAGCGUAGGAUCUGGAGCGGGUGAUCUUCUUGGCUGAAGAAGCAGUGCUGGUCGUUGCUGAAGUGCGGAUCUUAUCCUUGUUUUUGAGGAUAGUGCGGAUAGUGGAGGUAGGCAAAUGAAUAUCUGCCCCGAUAUCCACCUGGUGCUCCCCUUUAUCCAGGCGGUCUAGUACUUGGAUCUUGACAUCCAGAGGAAUAUUGUAUAAUUAAUAAUCACAUUUUUAAAUACAAGGGAACAAAGAAAGUUACAGGAAACAAAGGGAACAAAGAAACAAGGGGGAAAAAUUGUAUUAGACAGCUAAUAAUAAUCACAUUAUUAAAAACAAGGAAACAAAGAAAGUAUUCUGCACCUUGCCAAUGGAUUUUCCAGGUUGGAUUUUGCUGUCUCUCUCUCUGGCUCUCACUAGUUCCUUCUCCCAUGCUGCCCCUAUUAACGCUGUAACGACGCAGUCACGCUCUUUUAGCGUUAAGCGGGUCGCGCACGGAAAAAAACAGCGCUAUAGCGGGGUUUAGUGCUUUGCGAGUACUAGUACGGUAACAGCGCUAUAGCGAAUCAGCGCUAUGCGGGAUAGCGUUAAACAGGGUAUCCCUGUAUUUCCCUUUCAUCAGAUAUCACAAUACCAUGCUAAGCUUCCUCACCAACCAAUUACAUAUUUAUUUUUGUAUUUUAUUAACUUGCAACAUUUAAAUCAUCUUUCACUUAAAGGAUUGUAAAGCAAAACAAAAAUAUUUAAAAGGCAAAAGAAUGCUUUUAUUCCGCAUUCAACCAUUUCUAAGUGUUUUAAUGCUAAGUAAAGGUCUCCAACAGCCCAACCCCUCUGUGCUGCUUGAGCUAAAUAAGCAUUACCAUGAGUUGGCAUGCCUCCAGUGAGGGGCCAGGGACCCAUAUUUAGUGUUACACCACUGAGAAAAUGGUUAAACACCGAAUGUAGGUACAGCCAGGGCUGCCAUCAGAACGUUUGGAGCCCCUGACACAGCCGAGUCCGUCCACAAGAAUGCGGUGUUUGCAUAGUGGAUGUAGAAUGUGUGUUGUACAUGCAGAGUGUGAGUGUAACGUGGAUGUGGUGUGUGUAGAAAGUGAAUGCAGAUUGCACAUAUGUGUAAUGAAUGUAGUGUUUUUGUGUAUAGUGAAUGCAGAGUGUUUGUUUGUAUAGGCUUGUAAUGUGUGCAAAUGUUGUGUAACAUAGGGUCUACAUUUUGUGGGGGGGGAAAGGGCAUUUUUUGUUAGUUACAUUUAUUUUAGUACAAUUUAUUAUAUUCCACCCUUUUUGCUUUCUACCUGUGGCAUGGUGGUGGGAGCCAGCAGCAGUACACUGCAAAGCGGGCCCAGCCAGCGCCAUCUUCAUUUGACAGUAGCUCUUCUCUGUCUAACUCUCGCGAACCUAGGCUGCGUGCCAUGCAAAGUGGCAACGCUCUGACGGCCGCAGGGCUCACAAGAGCUAGACAGAGGAUCAGCUGUAAAGUUAAGACGGAGUGUGCUGGGCCCCCUCUGCAGUGUACAGGCAGCCGUGGAGGGCUUUUUAAUUGUUUUGCAUUAUUUGUUAUAACACAUUCAAAAAUGAGUCGGACACAAAUCUGUCAUACUUUCCUAAUAUCGUUAGUCAACAAAUUGAAUUUCAGGGGUAUCUUGUUCACAAUAAGGCAGUUGAAGUUGGUAUAUAUGUAUGCAGUGCCUAGGCUGCCAUUGCAACAUGCAUGAAGCAACAUAUUUAAGGAGAACUGUCACUUCCUUGGGAAUUACAUAAUUGAGUAAAACAUUUCAAAUUACAUGUAAAUUGUGUUAGUCUUCUGGAUUCAGCCACAGUCUUGGUGACAUAAUUUCUGACAGCACUGGGAAUCCCACUGACAGGGGGAGACAUGCAGGGUCUGAGGAGAUCCCAAUCUUCCUGUAAAACCCCAGCGGCGUGAUCACCGGCUUCAGAGGGUGCUAAGCGCUGAGCCAUGCAUGCUGCCCAGCACUGCUCACUGCGAGUGACUAUGGCUGCUGGCGCAAUCUAAUUCAUUUUGUGACAAUCUGAUUUAGUAGAAUCUCUUGCAUGCUACUAGAGAGUGCACUGCACUGUCUGGAGUUCUCUCUGCUCACAUGAGCAGAGUAAAUCCUUCUAACACUCUAGGGUUACCGAUAGCAUUUGAGUUAAGGGUUAGGAUUAGCACCAACAAGAGUACCCCUCUGCUGAUAUCAGAGGGAAUCCCUCUAAUACAAAUGCUGUUAGGUUUAUGAUUAGGAUCACAAUUUAACUCCAGUUUUUAUCAGAUUGCCUGUUAAAUAGCUAGGUAAACGUGUCAAAACACUCAUGUAAAUACCCUGAUAAGCCUUUUACUACAUUAUAUAUACUUUGGUGGAAAUUUUAUUUUCUGUAAUGGCUAAUUAGAAAAACAUUUUAAAUUCUAAAACCGCUCAACAUUAAAAUUGUAAUUUACUCCUUGUAUUAAGUGAUCUGUAACUAGCAAAAAUAAUCUAAAAUCCUAGACAUAUAAUUUAGUUUAUUUUGAUUUAUGUUUCUUAAACUGCAAUAAUUAUGUACACAUUGUCAAAACUGUGAAAAAAGUGUUUUGUUUUGCAAUUUAUUAUAAAUGAGAAUGUAUGUAUAAUUUUGAAUUAAAGCCUCAAUGUCCUUUAAAAAAAAUUAUGUAAUAUGUGUUAGUGCAAAAAAUGAGUAAAAAGGGAAAUUUCUGUUGCACAAAUACAUAGCAAAAACAAAGAAAGAGCUUGUGUCCUUAAAGGAAUACUAUAGUAUUAGGAGCACAAACAUGUAUUCUGGACACUAUAGUGUUAACACAACCAUCUAGCCCCCCUGGGCCCCUCAUGCCUCCAUAAAUAUAGCAAAAAUCUUACUGUAUUCAAGCCAGAAGCUGUAAAUCUGCAUGCUGUUAGACUCAGGAAAAACAAGCAGUCUGCUGACUUGUGAUAGCCUGAUCCAAUCACUGUGCUUCCCCAUAGGAUUGGCUGAGACUGACAAGGAGGCAGAUCAGGGGCAGAGCCAGCAUGAUUCAAACACAGCCCUGGGCAAUCAGAAUCUCCUCAUAGAGAUGAAUUGAAUCAAUGAAUAUCUAUGAGGAAAGUUCAGUGUCUGCAUGGAGUGGGAGGAGAUACUGAAUCACAGGAUGCUCGUGCACAGCAGAUCUGAGUGGAUAUUAUGCCUCCAACAACUCAGAAGUCCCUCUGGUUCACUCUGAGUGACUGAAACUGGAGGUGUUCCUAGCUUUCAAUGUAAACACUGUAUUUUCUUAGACAAUACAGUGUUUACAUGAGAGAGGCUGCAGAGAGCUAUAGUUCUCACCUGAACAACCUCAUUAAGCUGACGUUGUUCAGGUGACUAUACUGUCCCUUUAAGUCUGCAGUGUAAACAUUGUAUUUUUUUGAGGGAGGGGGAAGAGCAAUGUUUUUUACAUUGCAGGGUUAAACGGAUAGGGACACUGCAUCCAGCCCAAUGCAUUGAGAUGAAGUCUGGGUGACUAUAGUGUCCCCUCCAAAACUGGGAAAUCCGUCCCUGGAUUGAGAUCCUAUAGUACAAAGAUACAAACAAGCAAUAGAUGUGUACACAAACCAUAGUGCAAAAAGUGCUCAAUUAGCAAUAAGCAGAAAAAUACCUCCCUGGCCGGGUGGAAUUCCCCAAAGACUUCCUCUUGUCUUCAACAGUAUAUACACAAAAAAGGGAACAAUCUGCUAAACCAAAUAACAAGAACCGUACAUAGCGUAAUACUGUAUAUAUAAGUAAACCAAAUGUAAGAUUCACAAGUGGCCACUCACACUCUUGUUGGAAUUAGAAAGCCUUUAAAGUAGUUUUCUUUUUCAGCAUAUAUACCCUUUUAAAUUCAAUUCUUCCUUCUCUAUUGGUAUCUCUUGGAAUAGUUGAAAGGUGUGUGCUCAAGAGAGAAAUAACAAAAUUGUAGUGCACAUUCAAAAAUAGAAUAAAAAAGUAUUUAAUAACAUACAUCAAGGUAUAAAACAAUUCUCACUGUCACCACUAGGGGUCCUACGCGUUUCGUCCGUAUAUAGGACUUCCUCAGGGACUUCAGUGACCAAGAAACAAAUCAAUAAUAAAAAAAAACCUCCCCUCCUCCACCCUUUAUACCUACACCCAAUGUCCACAUAAUCUUCUAUUUCAUUCAGGUGUUCCGAUUUUUGGUCCGGCAUUUCUGAUGUCAUUCUGUGCGACUUUCAUAUGUUUAUGCGUUCCACUGCCGAAAGCGGAAGUUCGCCAUAAUCAAUCUGUUCUUACUCUAUGUUCCACUCGGGAACAAGAGCAAUCAGUAUAUGUGAACCGGAGGUAGAGAAGAGAGGGGGAAUGUUGUUAAAUUGUCUUGAAUGGCACUACUCCAUACUAUUAGACACAUAUAUAGAAUGGCACUACUUAAUACUAUAUAAUCAAUUUAAACAUACACUUAAAAAUGUAGAUGUGUAAAACAUGUAAAUAUAUAUUAAUAAAAAUGAAAAAGAAUAAAAAUGAAAAUAAAUAAAAUGAGAAAAUAUAAAAAAAUAUGAAAAAAUAUAUAUAUAUAAAAAUAUUUGAGUGUGUGUAUAUAUAUAAAAAAAAAAUACUAUAAUCAAUAGAAUAGACAUUUCUUAACUAGAGCACACACAGUUUUAAGGUGACAAAACGUGACAUCCCAACUUAUGUUGUAUUUUCUCUUUCUUUCUUUAUUUUGUGAGGUAUAACGAUAUCCCUCAUACCUCCAAAUCAGUUUUAAAAGAUAAAUUUAAUUUGAAGUCAAUAUAGAAAUUAGACUUGAAUUUAUUAAAUUUAAAUAUGGGAUACAAAAAUAGAUUUUAAUUUAUUUAAAUAUGAGAUACGAAAUAGAACGAGAUGGAAUUUCAAAUUAAAUUGAAUUAAAAUGUUUAAUUCUAAUCGUACUUUAACCACUCUAAUUCUAAAUUGAAUUCUAUAUAAAAUUCCAUCUCGUUCUAUUUCGUAUCUCAUAUUUAAAUAAAUUCAAAUCUAUUUUUGUAUCCCAUAUUUAAAUUUAAUAAAUUCAAAUCUAAUUUCUAUAUUGACUUCAAAUCAAAUGUAUCUUUUAAAAUUGAUUUGGAGGUAUGAGGGAUAUCGUUAUACCUCACAAAAUAAAGAAAGAGAAAAUACAACAUAAGUUGGGAUGUCACGUUUUUUCACCUUUAAACUGUGUGUGCUCUAGUUAAGAAAUGUCUAUUCUAUUGAUUAUAGUAUAUUUUUAUAUUUUCUCAUAUUUUUUUGAUUUAUUUUCAUUUUUAUUUUUAUCUUUUAUUUUUCAUUAUUUUUAUUUUUAUUUUGUUUUUAUUCUUAUUUUUUAUUCUAUUUCAUUUUUAUUAAUAUAUAUUUACAUGUUUUACACAUCUACAUAUUUAUGUGUAUGUUUAAAUUGAUUAUAUAGUAUUAAGUAGUGCCAUUCUAUAUAUGUGUCUAAUAGUAUGGAGUAGUGCCAUUCAAGACAAUUUAACAACAUUCCCCCUCUCUUCUCUACCUCCGGUUCACAUAUACUGAUUGCUCUUGUUCCCGAGUGGAACAUAGAGUAAUAACAGAUUGAUUACGGCAAACUUCCGGUUUCGGCAAUGGAACGCAUGGUGGAACGCAUAAACAUAUGAAAGUCGCACAGAAUUACGUCAGAAAUGCCAGACCGAAAAUCGGAAAAAACCUGAACGAAAUAGAAGAUUAUGUGGACAUUGUGGGGAGGUAUAAAGGGUGGAGGAGGGGAGGUUUUUUUAUUAUUGAUUUGUUUCUUGGUCACUGCUGGUCACUGAAGUUCCUGAGGAAGUCCUAUAUAUGGACGAAACGCGUAGGACCCUUAGUGGUGACAGUGAGAAUUGUUUUAUACCUUGAUGUAAGUUAUUAAAUACUUUUUUAAUUCUAUUUUUGAAUGUGCACUACAAUUUUGUUAUUUCUCUCUUGAGCACACACCUUUCAACUAUUCCAAGAGAUACCAAUAGAGAUGGAAGAAUUGAAUUUAAAAGGGCAUAUAUGCUGAAAAAGAAAACUACUUUAAAGGCUUUCUAAUUCCAACAAGAGUGUGAGUGGCCACUUGUGAAUCUUACAUUUGGUUUACUUAUAUAUACAGUAUUACGCUAUGUACGGUUCUUGUUAUUUGGUUUAGCAGAUUGUCCCCCUUUUUUGUGUAUAUUGAGAUCCUAUAGUGUCAGACCUUUCAUUUCUCCCAUGUAAGGAUUUUUUGUGUUCGCUAUUUUACCCAUCCUUUUAAUUUCCUGUCUGCCGUGCUUUGAUGCUGUCCCCAAAUUGGAGCUUACAUGGGUUGUAUCCCAAUCCAACACCUAUGUCAUCAGGAUUAACAUCACAUCGGGCACAAUUCUCAAAACACCUGUUUUCUAUUGCUAGUUUUUGUCCUGUAGCGCUGAUGUUGUUUUUGAAUUGGUGGCCUUGUGUUUUCCAUUUUUGGAACAGGUUACCUUCAACUUUAAAUUGCUUUUGAAUUCUUCAUUGUCUUACAGGCUGGCUACAAGUGAACCAUUUUCAUGAACUAGUUUUUCUUUCCAAUCAGCUAGUUCAUUAUAAUGGGAAAACAAAGUUAAAAUAUCAGCAGAGUUUCACAUUUUACAAAUUACUUCUCCUCAGAACAAUGCAUUAGAAAUGAUGUGAUAAUUUUUUUAAAUUGAUUUGGAAUAAUUCCACUGAGAAUUUCUUUUUUUUUUACCUUUUGCUCAUUAAAAGCAUUACACAGAGGAUUUGACUGUUUUUAUCUGCUUGAGUGAAUGUGCAGGUCAAUUUGAGACACCAUGCGUAAGGCAUUAAAAAUAUUCUCUUUUCUGAAGCUAUGGUUGAUAAAAGGUCUUGUUAGCUGCUUAAAAGGACAUAAUCUUUUUUUCACAUGGUAGCAUAAAUGAAAUGAACACUCCACUGCCCAAAUAAAAAAGAAAAUCACAGUGUAGUAGAUAAAUCCCAUAUUAAUGCAUGUGUUUUGUCAUUGGUGGUAUAUCUAAAAACAGCUUGCAAAAAAGUAGUUAUCUUGCCUGCAUCCUUUGCAAGCCCUUCUCUGCUAACCACAAACUGACUUUCUGUGGCUGCCCAAUAACAGACUUUCCAGUAAGAAAAAUCUUUGCAAGGCAGGUGCAAUUGUAGCCUCUUGAGUGAGCUAAUCUACCAGGAGGUACCGUGUUUCCCCGAAAAUACACCCUACCCCGAAAAUAAGACCUAGCUGAAUUUUCGGGGUGGGCUGCAAUAUAAGCCCUACCCCGAAAAUAAGACCUAGGCAUUGUACCUUUCGGCCCGGCGGGACUUCCUUCUUCUAUGAGGAGGAGGAGGAGCGUUGCAGGCCGCGGCAUCGCGCAACGUGAUGACGACGUGCGCAGCGUCGUCAGUCUGCCUUCACGGAUCUUCAGCGGAAGGAUCCAUUUCCGGGCGGUGAGGCACCCAGUGGUCGGACUCGGCGGGCAAGGAAGGCAUCUUUGAAAUGUGAGUAGAUAUUUUAUGUCUGGGACUGAAUUAAUUAAAGGGGGCGAUGAAUUAAUUAAAGGAGGCGGUGAAUUAAUUAAAGGGGGGGCUGGAUUAAUUAGAGGGGGGUGGAUUUAUUAAAGGGGGGUUGGAUUAAUUAAACGGGGGGUGGAUUUAUUAGAGGGGGUGGAUUUAUUAAAGGAGGGGUGGAUUUAUUAGAGUGGGUGGAUUAAUUAGAGGGGGGUGGAUUAAUUAGAGGGGGGUGGAUUAAUUAAAGGAGGGGUGGAUUAAUUAAAGGAGGGGUGGAUUAAUUAAAGGAGGGGUGGAUUAUUAGAGGGGGUGGAUUAAUUAAAGGGGGGGUAAAAUGUACAUACCGGUACCAUAAAUAAAUAAGCCCUACCCUGAAAAUAAGCCCUAGUGUGUUUUUUGGGACUAAAAUUAAUAUAAGACCCGGUCUUAUUUUCGGAGAAACACGGUAACAGGACCUGUUGUCUGAAAAAAAAAGAGCACACACUCUUCACAUGUAAAGGAUUUGAGCAAGCUAAAGUGCUUUAGAGGUCCAAAGUGUUCCUUUAAAACAUAUGACCAUAUUUUUUAGGGGUGCUCUAUGUGCCUUUAAGGGAAAAAGAAAACUUAAUUUAAGCUCCAACCUUUUCUAUAAUAUUGCUCCCUUGACUGUCUAACAAGCUUUAUUGCUGUUCAAAACAGCAAAAUACAUUCUUGGAGUCAAGUUUUAGCACCAACACAGCCUUUUCUCUGCAGCUGUUCCCUCCCAUGAUGUGGUUGUUAGUCUGAAUGCUGUAUCUAGUGAUGUGGUUUUUCAUAGAGAAGCAUUGAGGACCUACAAUAUAGUGCUUGUACAAUAAUCACUGCAAUCCCUUACUUUUCUUAAAGUAGCAUUCGCUGCAUUUGACAUUGUCAUGCUGUAUGUCAUGACACCUGUCGUAAAGACCUUCAGAAGUGAGAAAGUGCUUCUUGUGGCUGCUUGUCUGAGAGGCAUGUUCUUAGCUAACUGCAAUCGUUACUGUUUCUCUGAACACAUUGCAUUCCCCAAGAAAAAGAACAGAGUCUUUGCACUGAAACCACAAUGUUAAGAUGAAGAAGUGGUUUUGGUGCUUAGGGUGUCUCUUUAGAGUUUGUACUAAUAUACAUUAGGGAGAUAUUCUUGUGAGGUAAACCAGUGAAGUGAUGGGGGUGGGGUGAAUUUGUUAGCAGUCUUUUUAAUGUGCUCUCAGCACAAAAUAUCAGGACAGUGAAGCAAAUGAUGCUAAAAAUGUUUUUCAUUGUUCACUUCAGAAGCAAGCAUUGCAAUUCCAGUCACACUGAGUGCUUAAUUCCGAGAGCCAAUAAAUAUACCUUUAUACAAGUAAGCAAUUAUAUUAAUUAUACGUGCACCAACACCUGUAUUUAUAUUUUUAUAUGACCACAUGAAAACUGAUGACACAUUUCCAUUUACACACUUCCAUUACACUAUUUAACUGAAAUAGUUUAAUAGUUCACUGAGUCAGUAAAUAUAUAUGUAUAAUAGUAGCAUUCAAAGGAAAUUUGAUAGUUAUUAAGGGACAUAGCAUUGUGCCUCCCCUUCAAGUGUGUUACGCUUAAAGUAAUCCACCCCAUUAAAGCAGAAAGGAGUAGCCAUAUUAAUUAGUGAAGCUUAUUUAGUGCACUCAACCAUGUUGAACUGCAGAGUGUUUGAAAGGUCUGUAUAGCAAAAAAAAAUUAAUAUCUGUCUGAGCUACAGUAUGUUUUCUUUAAAGGUUGUUGUGUUUUUAUAUUUUAAUAUUUUUUAUAUCUGUUCACCAGUUUAGUUUAUUUUAUUAAAAUUAAAUGUGUCAGUGCUUUUAUUAUUUUUGACUGGAGUAACCCUUUAGACUGGACUUCAUUGUGGCACACAGAUUUCAAAAAAUAAAAAAUGAAUUUAAAACAAUGUCCUCUUCCUGCCCAGAAGAAUGAUGGGAAUUGAACAGCUCAUGUGUUUGAAUUUCUACUUCUUAUUGGCUGCUGACAAUACAUGCACUCAUCAGCUGUUAGUCCAAAGAAAAAGGUAUUAAAAUGAACUGCAAUAUCAUUCUUCUCAACUGUCCCACUUUCAGGCAGGACAGUCAUGAUUUUGGGGUGCUGUACAGCUGUCCCUCUUUAGUUUCCUGGUGUCCCGCAUUUCAGAGCUCUACUGAACUGCUCCUGAGCAUAGCGCAUGUGCAUUAUUAGACUUGUGCUGUGCAGUGGGCAUUAUAACCAUACAUGGAGCGCUUCAGCUGUUGUCAAGUCAGUCCCUUUUUUUAACUGACCUGCCCCGUUUUGGAUGAGACUGCCUGGGCAUCCCGCCUGUUGCGGGACUUGCUAGUGACACACAAGGAACAAGCUUACAUUUUUUUAUUCAGAUUGUACUUGACUCCACAGCAUCCACUCUCUUCAAGCCUAUGCUGGAAGCAGUGUUGAGAGACUGGUACUUUCCUCCACUGUUGAAGGUACUGCCUCAAACUGAAACCACUAAGGGUUAACAUAACAACUAUACUCUCUAGAAUUUUAGGCAAGCCUUACCCAUUAGAGCCAUAGGCACUUUUGCUCUCAAAUCAUAUCGACCCUUUCACAAGAGCCAAAAACAAACUUGCAGCGAGAAUAGCACUGGCUGCCUACAGAGCAAUAAGAGAAGUAUGGGCCACUACAGAUUCUCUCCAUCUCAAUGAUAGUGAAAAAGAUUCAAGAAAGCAUAGUCAUGGACAAAUCAACCUCUCAAAUCCAUGACAUUCCCAAGGCAUUCCAUAAUAUAUAUGGGACCCUUGGUUGGAUGGAGACUCCUUGAUAAUUAUUAUACUAAAAGUAAAAGGUUACGCUCCCCUCCAAACAACCUCUUUACCCUUGUUUACUCACGCUAUAUUUAGGAGGAGGAGAGGGGAUACAUUGUGGACACCUGUACUACUGAUCACUUAUACCCCUUACAUUUCUGCAACUCUCCAUUCUACCUACUUCCCCUCACCCUACUAACUACCAUAGGCGUGCGCAGCCUAUUGCAUUAGGGUGUGCACCCUAAAGCACACGCCACGUAUAUGUUUGUAUGUAUGUGUGUGUGUGUGUGUGUGUGUGUGUGUAUAUAUAUAUAUAUACACACACUGCUGUGUGUGAGGGUGCUGGUAGUGUGCUAUGUGGCUGUUUGUGUGUGUGUGCGCUUGUGAGGGUACUGUUAGUGUGCUGUGUGUGAUGUGUUCUGUUUGUGUGGUGUAUGUGUGGGUGCUGUGUGUGUGUGUGUGUGUGUGUGUGUGGGUGCUGUUUGGGUGAUUUGUGGGGGUGGAGGUGGGGGCAGAUUAGUUAAUAAAGAUCCCCCCUCCCUUCUUACCUUAUGUAGGGAGGGGGGACCGUGCUGCUGCCUUCCCUGGUGGUCCAUUGGAGGUGGGGGCAGAUUGCUUAAUAUCCCCCCCUCCCUUGUUACAUUAUGCCAGGGAAGGGGGGGAUCCCUGGUGGUCCUAGUGGUGAGAGUGAACUCUAGCCUGCAGGGCUAGAGUUCACUCUCGCGAGAUCUGAGUGUUGCCGCGGUAAAUGCGGCAACGCUCAGAUCUCGCGAGAGGAACCCGGCGGAGCUGAUGGGAAGAGCUCCCCGGGUCCUCUCCUGCCUCCCUCCCUGCCUGUGGGGAGGGAGGCUGAGAGCAGAGCCGGCGCUGCAUGAGGCGACAGGGGGGAUCCUGAGAUCUCCCCUGCCGGUCUCGAUACAUAGGCGUGCCCCGGCACACCCCAUGCGCACGCCUAUGCUAACUACCCUUACACCCACAGUUAUUCCAGUACACUACAUUGAGCUUCACGCAUGGAACUAUACUACAACAACAGUAGAACAUUAUCACGAAUAUUAAAAGCUUCAAAUUAGCUACUAUGUACAGCACAAUCACUCCUCAAAGAAUGUACUGUAUUAUAGAGUGGUACAGAAUACCCUCUAGAGCAGCGUUUCCCAAUUGGUGUUCCAGGGAACCUGGGUUACAGUGAGCAGUGAUCUCCCUCGCGUGCACAGCAGUGAUGCUGAAGCCGGAAUAUGAUGUCACUCCGGCAUCACUAAGAGGCGCACCAGGGAGCUGAGCAGGGAGAUUACUGCUACCUUGCCGCCAGCCACUCAGCAGCCCCACUGGACCCCAGGGAAUGCACGCUCAGCAGCCCCACUGGACCCUAGGGACCCCAUGCCAUUACUCCUAAAGGUAGGGGGACUGGGUGGAAUAAAAUUAAAAAAAUAAAUAAAUUGUAUGCAUUUCUGUUAGGGGGUUUUAUGUGUGUUUGUGUGUCUGUCAAAGAGUAUAUGUGGGCUUGUCAGUGAGAGUGUAUGUGUUUGUCAGUGAGAAUGUAUCUGUUCUUGUCAGUGAGAGGGUGAAUGCGUUUGUUUGUAUGUGUGUCUGUCAGAGACUGUGUGUAUCUAAGUGUAUGUGCCAGUGUGUGUGUGUAUCCGAGUGUGUCAGUGUGUAUAUGUCACUGUGUGUGUCUGUGUGUUAGAUACAUACACACACACGCGAGCAUACAAACACAGAUACAUACACUUUGAAACAUAGAUACACACUGUGUGUCAGAUAUAUUCACGCGCGCACACACACACAAAAAAAAUACACACACUGGCACGAGGUGUGUGUAUUUAUGUGCUGCUAUCUGCCAGUGUGUGUAUCUGUGUGUCAGAUUCAUACACACUGGCACAUACACACAAUUUGACACACAGAUAUACACUGUGUGUAUCUGUGUGUCAGAUAUAUUCUCACACACACACACACACACACACACACACACAGAUAUACACACGUUGACCUGGGGGGGAGGGGGGAGGGUUCCAUGGGAAAAAUUAAUUGGGAACCCUGGCCCCCUGCUCUAAAGAGUCUUUUAAACACAGUUCUGCAGACAUACACUUGAGCCCUUCUCUCAAUUUAGAAUUGGGACAAGCAUUACAAAACUAAUUGAGCCUUGGCUAUCCGAACCCUUAACUAUGUUGCCCGCCAUAACUGAUUUCAAUCUGUAUCUUGUGUUAUGUAUAUUUUAUUUAUGGUUCCAAAUACAUCAAAAGUGUAAUUGAUUUCCUACAAUUGAAAUUAAGAAAUACAGAGUUUUGAAAAACCUGCUGGGACAAGCUGUAGACACCAGUAUAACUACAUUAACCUGUUCUGGUGACAAUAGUGUCCCUUUAACCUUUGCAUCCAUGAAAGAAGCAAAAUAUGUGGAAAAUUAAAUCUUAUCUCCAUAGUUUGUACAAAGAAAAAUGUUGUUGCAAAUCAUGUGUAAAUAUUGACCAAAUUACUUUCUGCUCUAAGUUCUAACUGGUUGCUCGGAAACAAAAAAAAAUUUCCAAUCAACUCUGAAACAUUUAAUGUAGAUGUAAUUAUCAUUGGUGCUGAAUCAUUAAUACCAAAAAAAAAUGUUUACAGCUUACCUGAAAUCCAGGACUGGGAAAACCUCCUGUCAGUUGAGGGAGGCGGUAGGGAGCUCACAGAAGGUGGAAGGGAAGGGAGAGCUACCUUCCCGCAAUGGAAAAGAUCUUUACAUCUGUCACCAUUGUGCUGUGCGCAUUGACGGCAGAUGUAAAAUGUGCACAGAAUUCACGUUAGGAAGCCCGGAAUCAUGUUGGGGUGUAGCAAACCAAACAGAAACACUGCACAUAGACUCCUAGCACCAUGACCUCAUCAAAUCACUGAAGUGGGCAUGUUGGUUGGAGUAACCCUUCAACAAUAUUAUUGACAGAAUAGAAGCUUGGAUGUUGCAUUAAAUGUUUGCUGCCUGAGAAGUGUAGAUAUUCUGCGAUAUUACAUAAUGGAUUUAGUUACAGCUCCCCUGCAUUUGAAGCAGAUUGUUAUGCUUUUCUCCAGAUUGAAAUAUGACACUGCUGGGAUAGAGCCCAAUAUUCGCUAAAUUUCUGAUCACUCUUUGCGACAUACCUUUUUGUGUCCAUUGUUAGGUUCUCUAUAUAAGCGUGCAUUGAAAGGUUCCUAAAACAUUUGUAUCUAAAUGUGUCUGUGUGACUCCCUCAAAUAUCCAAAUAUUAGCAAUACUUGCUCUAAAUCAACCCCCCCCCCCCCACCACCUGUAAUUACCACUUAUUCAAAGGUGCAGUUCUUAAAUACAAGUGUAAUAUGCCAGUGCUGUAGAAUAUGCAUAAAGAAUGCAAAACAUUUGUCUAGACGGUGUCUAAAGUGAGGCUUUCUACAUCUAUGAUGCAUGAGUGCAGCUGAUUCAGAAUCAUGCUUUUUAAAAAUCUUUAAAAACUUAACUUGCACAAUGCAAAGUCUCUCCCCCUCCAGCUCAGAGAGGUUCCUCAAAUUUCCAUGGAACUAAAUAAUAUAUAAUAUGUAAGAAAGUCGCAUGUCUCUUUUCUGUCUAUGUAACUGUGCUAUAUAUAUAUAUAAUAUAUAUAUAUAUAUAUAUAUAUAUAAAAGAGACAUGCGUCUUUCUCACGUCUGUUUUUGCUUCUUAUCCAAAAGAAGGCAAAAAAAAAAAAGGAUAAUAUAGGCUACCAGACCACUAAAUCUCAUUGAAAUGGUCUGGGUACCAUGACCUCUUGCUUUAGCCCUGCAAUGUAAAACACUGCCAUUCUACAGGAAUGUUAAUGUUUACAUUGCAGUGUUUCAAUACCCCUAGUGGCUGUCAAGUAAAACUUGGCUAUUAAAAUCAGAUGAUCAUAGAGUUCAUGUGAUUGGUGCUGCACAUGCCCACUAGCCUUUAAUGGAGAAAGAGGCAAGGCAUGGGAUAAAAGGCUAGUAAAAUACAUCUUUAAGCUUUGCGGUGGGGGUCCCUAAACCUUGACUCGGGCACUAAAGCAGUGAGACUACACAUUUGUUUUCAUGUUCCUUUAACAUCUAACUUGCUAGAAUUUGUUUGUAAUAAUGUAAGCCAAAUAAAUAGGACUUUGAACAAAGGAGUACCAUUUCCCAGCUGAUAGGAAAAGAUCAUUAGACAUUGUGGUGAUUCACACGCAGAGCGUGUGAACUCGCCAAAUUACCAUCCUUUACUACCACAACCUAGCCCUUUCAGUCUUUGUGACAGUGUAAUGUGAUUGUUAACUCCCAAAUUCUGUCUGCCCUUUACAUUAACCAAAUGGUGUAUAACCUGCUGUACAGGAAAUCUAAAUACGAUGACUUUGGAAUGUUUUUCUUAUAUUAGACAACUUUUAUAACCUGUAAUCAUUCACACAAUUAUUUGGCACUGCGAUGGAUGUGCAGGACGUCUCUGUUAUUUUCUUUUAACAUUGUUUAGGGAGAAACUAAUUAUUGUUCUGUGAUUAAUGUAAGAACAUAAUUUUAGCUUUUAGCUAUUUUUAAAUGCUUGAACAAUAAAAAAAAAAAAAAAAGUUCUUGUUGCAAUGUACUAGUGUGACUAGGAAAAGUUCAGGGUUGAGGAGUGCCCAUAAUAAUGUAGAUUACUCUUAAUAUAAUGUUUCAUUUGCUGGACUACAUUUUUAUCUCUUAUUUUGAAAAAUAAUGGAUAGUGUAUACUAUAGUAAUGCUAUCACCAAUUUCUGGAAACAUCAUAAUAAACAAUGAUUCCAACGUAUCCAGUACUCUAACAUGGCAAAAUAUUCUUAUUUGUAUUUUUUUUAUUUAUAUCUUUAGGGUUUCUUUAGUCUAGUUUUCUUUUAAAAAUGAACAUGUCAUGCCACAUUCUGCUAGAUAUAUGAGCUCCUAUAGUAACACAAAUGUGAUAAUGGAGGGGAGCUAAGACGGUGACACCAAGUUGCAGGAUAAAGAUGUGUCGCUUUCUAUAUUUACAUUUAAUUUUUUCACGCCUUAUAAAUACAUAUUUGUUAAAUAAAGGGAUAAUUAAAUAUAAUGUUAAACAACCUGGGAAGUGGCUGUUCUCUUUAAAUAAAGUUCCUCUUUCAAUAUAAAAUGUUUUGAAGAAGUAAACCGUACGAAACUCAAAUAAUUUCAGUAAUGCAGUAAAACAGAUUAGACUGGUUUAGUUUGCUGUAUUGGUGGUAGAACGAGAAAUAGAUGACCGCUUAAAUGAGUAACAUAGUGUGCCUUUACCCUAGCCUAGAUGUUUGUUUUUGCACAGUAUAUUCCAAGCUAUUUUCUGAUUAUCCUCUGUUCUUAACUCUUCUGUCCCUGCCACAAGUCUGAGACAUUCCCUGCUUCUACAGCACUUCCUGUAAUACGUCACUUAUGAAAUUGUAUGGGUUGGAGAGUGAAAUUGGUAUGGCUCACAGUUUUUUAUAUCUUUUGGCGGCAGGGAAUCUGGCAGGCUUUCUGUUGUCUUACACCCAGAAAAGAUACUGAAUAACAGGGUUGAAGGUUGUAGAAAGAGGGAAAACUCAGACCAGGUUCUCCUAUUUCAGACACCGCAGUCUGCAAUGUUUCCAUUGCUAAGAUUACAACAUUUCUAUUUUGAUUGUACAAUCUAUUCUGAGAGUGCCCUCACUUACAGUCUUGCCCUCUUCCCAAUAUCCCAUGCAAUGCAUACUGCACCUCUGCCAGGAGCUUCACAACAGGUACUGUCAGUCGCACUGCACCGGGAUUUUUUUAAUGCAUGCAUCACGUCAGGAAAUAAAGCAACUGAAGAGUCAUAUGUGAUUUUAAACUUUAAUGCCGGUUUACAUUGUUUAUAAAAGCUAAGAUGUUUCCUGCUUGGAUUAGUAAAUGAAGUAUCAUUAAUUCAUUGAGUGAAUGGAGAAGUACAGAAUCUAUAUAUCUUUUUGUAAUAUUUCACACAGAUAUCAAUAAAUUGAGAAAAGAGAUGUCAAAGUACGUUUUGGCUUAUAAGUAUCAUCUACACCACAUCCAACCAAACGGCACUAUAUACAAACUAUAACCUGAUUCAUAUAAGCAUUGAAAUUGUUUGUUUUUAUUUAUAAUUUUUUAAUAUAAGGCUUUCUUAACCUUUACUGUUUAGUUGUUCAGUAUAUUACUUUGUGUGUAUGUAAGUAUAUGUAUAUAUAAUGUUUGUGUAUAUAUUUAUCUAUUUUUUAGAAACGGAUGAUGUUAGUUACAAUUAUUACCCUGUUAUUAUUGCGAUUAUUAAUUUGUUUUAUUUAUUAUUGUGUUGUUAUUGAAAAUGUAUUCAAGGGACUCUCCAGCCAACACGUUUUACUCACCUGGUUCCAGCGCCGGGAGCCUCGUGAAGCCGCGCCCCCUAUUUCGUCAAAAUGCCUAAAUAGGCGGGCGCGAGCAGGGAGCAAUCAGACGCUUCCAUUUGGAAGUGUCAUUGCUCCCUUGUGCGCAUGCGCGGCUUCGCCGCACAUGCGCACAUACUUCAGAAUGCCGCCCUCUAAAGUCUUGAGCGCAGUAAGGCGCAUGGGUGGUGUGCGCGGCCGCGAGCUGAGCUGACUGACAGCUCAGCUCGCGGUCUUUGCCUGCCCCCUCUCCGCUGCUGACAGGCAGGAGAGAGAAGGUGCGCACACAGUGCCUUCUCUCUCCUGCACACGUCAGACGUAUUUUAAUACGCCUGACGUGUACAAGGCCUUUUUAGGGCCCUACAUGACAGGAAGUCCCUCUGGUGGCCGUUUGAGUGACGGCCACUGGAGGUAUUCCUAUCAAUCAAUGUAAACACUGUAUUUUCUAUGAAAAUACAGUGUUUACAUUAGAUUGCCUGCAGGGAGCUAUAGAUCAUACCUGAACAACUACAUUAAGCUGUAGUUGUUCAGGUGACUAUAGUGUCCCUUUAACCCCUUAAGGACUGGACUGUUUUUGCGAUGUUGUACAUUUGCGACCAGACAUAUUUUUACACUUUUGUGGUGUUUGUGUUUGGCUGGAAUUUUCCGCUCUCUCAUUUACUGUUCCCAUACAAAUUAUAUAUUGUUUUUUUCAGGACAAAAGGGGCUUUCUUUACAUACCAUUAGUUAUAUAAUCUCAUGUAUUUUAAUUUUAAAAAAAUACAAAAAUCUGAUGAAAAAUUGAAAAAAAUACAUGUUUUUUGACUUUUACUUGAAAAAUCUUUUACUCAUCUACAAAAGCGAAUGAAAAAAACUGCUAAAUAGAUUCAAAAUUUUGUCCUGAGUUUAAAAAUACCUAGUGUUUACGUGCUUUUUUGCUUUUUUUUGCAUGUUAUAGGGCUAUAGGUACAAGUAGAAUAUUGCGGUUUCAAAACAUACAUUUUUAAAAUUUAUCAAUAGUGACAUUGUAACACUAUUAUCUGUCAUAAAUCUCUGAAUAACACCCCACAUGUACAUAUUUUUUUUAAAGUAGACAACCCAGGGUAUUCAAUAUGGGGUAUGUCCAGUCUUUUUUAGUAGCCACUUAGUCGAAAACACUGGCCAAAGUAAGCAUUCAUAUUUGUUUGUGUGUGAAAAAAGUAAAAAACUAAAUUGAACGCUAAUUUUGGCCAGUGUUUGUGACCAAGUGGUUACUAAAAAAGACUGGACAUACCCCAUUUGCAAUACCUUGGGUUGUCUUCUUUUGCAAAUGGUAUGCCAUCAUGGGGGUAAUUCUCAUUCCUGGGCUACCAUACGCUCUCAAAGGCAAAGUAACCAACCUGGCCAUUUUCAAUGUAAAAAUAUUUGACCCAUAUAUUUGACCUUGUAACUUUCAAACAUGCUAUAAAACCUGUACAUGGGGGGUACUGUUUUACUCGGGAGACAUCGCUGAACACAAAUAUUAGUGUUUAAAAACUGGAAAACGUAUCACAACAAUUAUAUCAUCAGUAAAAAAGCUGUUUGUGUGUGAAAAAUGCAAAAAAAGUAACUUUCACUGACAAUAUCAUCGCUGUGAUAUGUUUUACUGUUUUGAAUCACUAAUAUUUGUGUUCAGCGAAGUCUCCCGAGUAAAACAGUACCCCCCAUGUACAGGUUUUAGGGUGUCGUAGAACGUUACAGGGUAAAAUACAGUGCUUGCAAAUUAAAUUCUCUGGAAUUUCGGCCUGGGUUGGCAGGCAGGUCCCUCAAAUUGCAAUCAAUAAAAUUACUGAAUUAUGUAAAAAUAUUACAUAAAUACGCACGUAGAAUUUAAAUAUAUAUGCAUAUUUAUAUAUUUGAAGUCUACGUGUAUAUUUAUAUAAUUAUUUAUGUAAUUUUGUAUAUGGACGUAUGUAUAUUUCUUAUUAUUUUUAUUUAUUUUUAUAUACAUAGAUAUAUAUACAAAUUCAUUCUAAGUGUAUUUUGAUAUAAAUAUAUAUAUAUUAAUUUUAAAAUACAGUUAGAAUAAAAUUUCAUAUAGCUAUAUAAUUUUUUUUAAAUUUUUUAUUAUUAUUUAAAAAAUGUUUUAUUUAAUUUAAAUUACUUAUUAUUUAUAUUUUAUAAUAAUAUAUAUAUACAAAUAUAUAGUUAUUAUAUAUAUUAUAUAUAUACGUGUGUAAUUUAAUUAUAAGUGUAUUUUUAUAUUAAUAUAAGUACAUAUUAAUAUAAAAAUACACUUAGUAUGACAUUAUAUAUAUGAUAUAUAGACAUAUAUUAUAUAAAUAUAAUAUAUGUCUAUAUAUCAUAUAUACACAUAUAUAAUUAUUUUAUUUUUUUUAAUUAACACUAACUUUAUUUUUUUUUUCUGAUUUUACACAAGCAGGGAGACUGCCUGUCAGCACAGACAGUCCCCCUGCAGGCAGACACAUGGACACCUAUUGUGACCAUGUGAUCGCUGUGUUAAGCGAUCACAUGGCCACAGGGGUCCUAAUCUGCCGUGGGGAGACUGUCUGGGCUGCAGGCAGUCUCCCCACAACCGGAGCCACGCUGAUCGCCGCCGGGGGAACGACGGCGAUCAGGUAAGUAACGGAAACCGUUAGGACGGUUCAGGACCGUCAUCGGUCGGCAACGCAAAAAUGCCGAUGACGGUCCUGAACCGUCCUCGGUCCUUAAGGGGUUAAUUAAAAACAUUAAAAAAAAUCAAUAAAUUGGAAAGAACCAUUAUACUUUCCAAUCAACCUUAGUUUAGUUCAAUGACAAACCAUACCUCGUAAAAAAAUGACAUACAUUACAAUGUUAAUUUUCACACAAGAUUUUUAUGUGACAAAAACAGAAUACGAGAACGUGCAGAAGCUUAGAGAAACUUGGUAACUUGCCAUUCGUUUGGUCCCCACCCAGGUCUCAAAAAUGUACCAUGUGCAUAUGGGUUCUCUUGCUACAGUUGGGUAUACCCCUGCCCUUAUGGAUUAAUCAGUCUGAAAUGGCAAAACCAUUCACUGCAUUAUCCGGCCAUAUGGACUGCAAAAUAUAGACAUUGUUAAUGGAAUUCAUCAAUGUCUGGGAUUUGUAAUUUUGGUACCUAAUGGGCCUGUAUUUGGUCUGGUUUUCAGCCGGACCAGACUCUGUUGGAUGGCUGAAAUCCUGACAGAAUUAAUUAAAUCUGGCUCUGGAGGCUUUAACUUCGUGCCUGUGUAAAAAAACAAACAAAAAACAACUACUUGUCUACUGACAGCACUUGCAACCAGCACAUAAAUAGUUAGAAUCCCUCUGCAGCAGAAAGCUUAAUUAUAUGAUGGCUGGCUCUUGCUAGCCAGCCACCACAUUAAUUAUAAAAUAUAUAAAUAAAACUCCUAUGAGGUCAAUAAGACCUUCAUAUUACUAUAAUGGAGAGUGCAUAUGCCUCCACCUGCUAUUUGGCAAGUGGUGACAUAUCCACUAAAUAUUUAAAUGCAUUUUGCUCAGUCACCAGAAAUGACCCUAUUCCCAUGAAAUAACGGGUGUAGGGGACACAUAGUCCUCCCAUGUGCCCUCACCCAUGGGUAUCACUACUUUAAACAUUCAUGGGAAGGACCAGCAGCUGGGCAGGAUGUGAACAUAUAUCCUCCCAGAUGCAUCUGGUUUAUCUUCAGCCGCCAUGUCGUCAUUAAUAAAUCUCUGAUUCCUUUCCUAUAAAUCAGUUGGAUGCAGGUAUUGGUUAUUUUCCUAGAAACUAAUUUUAUAGAAUCGGUCGGACUACCUGAAUCCAGACCAUAUUUGGCUUUAGUAAAUCUGCUGGCAGAAUUCGGUCAUUUUUACUGGAUUUGACCAUUUGAACAAAAUUUGGUGUUUAGGGAAUAACUAUGUAAGAGAGAAUACAGCUCUGCUGCAUGUCUCUUUCACAACAUGCACUCAACUACAAAUCCUAUAAACUGAAUGCAUCUCAAGGUAUUGUGGACCACAGGGAUUUAAUGUGUUGCAAUGCAUGCUCUCUCCAUGGAGGAGGUUAUUGAGAUACCGCUCUUCAUAUUGUGUGGCAUGAACUGGACACAACUUCUGGAAUAAAAGGGAAUCAUGACGGAAUAUUUCCGUCAUGUGUCCUUAAGGGGUUAAUAUGGUAGGCUUUCUGUCAGCCAGCUAAAUGGUUUAUGGAGUGAAAUGUUGCAAGUAGUCUGGAAAGUGAAGGGCUACUAGAAUGACAUUGCAGAUUACUGACAUCUAAAUUGCAACAAACAAGGUCCUUAUUUAUUGAUCUUUUUAUUUCUGCUAAAGUUCAGAUUUGGCCUCAACAUGUGUAAAUUCUUCAGCCCUGUGGGACCUGUUGAUGUUCUGUAAACAGGUUAAUGAAGGUUGACUAUGUAGGGUUUUACAACAUGUAUUUGGCAUUGGGGAGGUUAUUAAAGUAAUGCUCUAUAGCUUUGUUUCCACAUCAGUUACGUUAAUGAAAUUAUAUGAACUGGCGAUAUGUAGACUUCUUGGCAUGACAAUGGUUAAUUGAGUGCUAGUGCAGGCUCUCAAUAUUUGAGAAGUUAUAAUGGCGUUUUUUUUUUCUGUAUGUUAUCUGUAAGUAAGAAACCCCAUACCUUUUUGGAGUAUGUGAGAAUGAUCCAAGCCCUUCUAUCAUCCACCUUUGCCCAUCUCACAAGGAACGUGUGUAUAAGCAUGUGUUUGGCUGUAAGAGUGUGCAUAGACAUAUGCAUAUAAUAUACCUAUGAUUUUCCCAGGAUUUACCUAUAGAUCCUUAUUCAUUGAAUAUGGCUCCACAGGUAAUUCCCAGGCACAUUGAUUCAUGUAAGUCUGGUUUGAAAAUAAUUUUAUUCUGAAAAACAGGCUCAAACUAAUUUUUCCACAAGUCUAAUAUUUCUGUGUGUGUGUCUAUCUAUAUACUUUGAAAACGUCACCAUUUGAAACCUAGUGCACCUCUUCUUUAGAUAUAUAUAUGCAGUUAUGUAGUGUGUGUGUGUGUGUGUAUAUAUAAUUGUGGGAGGUACAUGGAACCCUACUUAAACCCAGUGAGCCCCUGCUUACCUGUCUUUGACGAUCUCGGAAGUGAUUCUGUUUACUUCCGGUUCACUGGACCCUGACGUCAUUUUCCCACCCGCCGGUAGUCCGUCUGCAUCUCUCUCUCUGCUUUGUGUUCAUGAGUAUAACGAGGGUAGCCAGCGCACGAACGGCUAAUCGUAAGUUAUAUAGCAUCAUUCGUGCACUCCUCAUACUUGUCAAUUACUCACACGUUCGGCUACACGGUUUCUUUCGUCUAUAUAGCUCAUGUUAAAUCCUUCAGGUCACUGAAAGCGGUUCGUGCUAACUAGUGUUUCGGCAAAAUUUCCGUCUACAGCUCCGUUCGCAUACAACGCGGUCGUUCCUAUUAGAACACACUUAGCAGCCGCUCGUGUAAUCCUCUCUUUCGCAUAGACUUUUGUUUAUCUGCAUUAGCAUAACUAACAAGUCAAGGUCAUUUUGGUUAAAUACAGCAUGGGGAAAGCAUUUUUUGUCAAUUUAAACGGCAUUUUGUGUUUCAUUUCGUUUUACUUAAACAAUUCUUUCAGUACAUAGUCUUAUACUUGUUAUUUAUGCCUAAGUUAAAACGUACAGCAAUACCCUUAUCAGGAUGUCAUAUGGUUACAUUCACUGUGUAAUUUAAACAAUAAAUAAAGUGCUUAUUGCUAUAUAAGUAUGUCAUGUUAUUUUUUAUUUAUGCUCCGCUGCUGCAUCUAAUUGGUCCAAUUUACACAAGGCUAUAUUUAAAUAAUAUGUCAACUAUCAUUUUCUUCCCUCCUGUUAAAGAUCAUACGAAUACGGUCACUGGUUGCAACAGAAGCCUUCUUGGUUAAAUACACUACUCCAUUUAAAGAGGUAGGGCUUCUCCCCCCCCAAAAAAACAAAAACAAAAAAAAAGGGAUCCCCUUUGUUAAUUGCCGAGUACCGGCUUCGUUUAACCGAACGCUUCUAUACUUUACCACCUAUACUAACGUGCAGGCCUUUUUCGUGGUCAUCUCCCUGGUAGUGCUGCAUUCGGUAGCACCACUAUUCCCUGCAUUUAUGCUAAUUUUCAGCUUUUGUAUACCAGUCAAUUUGUUUUGCUAAUAUCGCCACCUUGCGGUUUUCAAUAUUGAUUGGUAAAUUUCAGUUAAUGGAUGGCAAAUGUUCGUUUAUUUUGCAACUUGUAUUUUUCAUUCUUCUGUUCGUCACUUUCAUAUGGGAGUUAUAAACUGUCUUUUAUUUUAACUUGCUGGUUUUGCAGUAGAAGUUAAAACUCUGGUUGAAACAGCGCUGGUAAAUAGUGAUGUCCCGAACGGUUCGCCGCGGACUCAUCAUUGAGUAAACUUUGACCCUAUACCUCACAGUCAACAGACACAUUCCAGCCAAUCAGCAGCAGACCCUCCCUCCCAGACCGUCCCACCUCCUGGACAGCUCACUAAGAAUGCAGCUUCACAAUGAAUGUAAAAUGGAUGCUGUCCAGGAGGUGGGAGGGUCUGCUGCUGAUUGGCUGGAAUGUGUCUGCUGACUGUGAGGUACAGGGUCAAAGUUUACUCAAUGAUGAGUCCGUGGCGAACAGUUCGUGGCGAACCGUUCGGGACAUCACUACUGGUAAAGCUUUUCAUUCAAUUUAAACAGCUUUCAAUGUCAAAGCAUUUAUUGUGUCAUUCUUUAAAAACGUGCUUAUUUUCUACGAAAUCAGUAUGUCCUGACGGCAGUUAAGGUAUAAUUUUAUUAAUAUUUCUCCUCAAAGCAUAGCUAAUGUGUUUUAUAAAUAUAUGUAUGCUAAUCAGGGUAAGAUUAUGCUUAGAUUCAGUCUUGUGCAUUGCUAACUGGCAUUUCGGUUAAACUUUCGUAUAUAUUAUCAAUUCGCAUAAAACGCUUAUGUUUUUCCAUUAGUAUACACACAGUCACACUUUCGCACAAACUUUUGUUUAUUUGUAUAAACUGCCUCAUACCUAGCAGUUAAAGUUCAUUCCGUUUAUGCAGCAUUGUGAAUAUUGAUAUAUAAGAGUGUUAAUAAGUUUAUAUCAUGCUCUACUCCUGUCUCCGGCAUAUCAUGUUCCUAAUUACACUAGGCUGUAUAUAAAGAAGAUGACAAUUAAGUACGUUUUUCCCUCCUGUUAAAUAUCGCACAAUUACUGUUACUGAUUGCUAAGGGGCCUUAUGGGUUAAAUACACCACAUUACUUAAAGAGGUAGGCCUCGGAAAUUCCUACCUAAAUUUCAUGUAUUUCCUUCUGGUAACAUGUACUAUAAAUAAAUCUCAUUAGUUUCAAGUUAUCACCCUACCAGGAUAAGCCGCACAGGAUCCUCAUACGUGGUACAAAAUUACGAUGUCGCCCGAAUAUAAAACAAAAUCAUUCAAUUAUCUACACAAUAACCAAACGUUAACCGAUCACAUAAUGUUUCAACAAUUCGUUUCUACCGUCAGUAGUUAUGGUACGGUUAAUAAUUAUUGUACAGUUAGAUAAUCAUGGUGUUAUAGUUGCAAUAUCAAUUGGUAAUGGUUAUGGUGUUACAAUUAUAAUGUCGUACAGUAGUUUUGGUGUUGUCAAUGUAAUGUUGGUAGUUAGGGUGUCAGUCAGUAGGUAGGGUGUUGUGCACAAUUAUACACUUUACACACUUUUACAAGACCGCUAAACACCAAAGCUCAAACCUGUUAGCAGGAUACGGAUCAUUCUUUGCACUACAGUAUACGUUAUACAGGACAAUCAGCAGGUAUGUUAACGAAAUAAAACCAGUUGGGGUUAGGACAAGGUUUAAGCUCUCGCCAAUUUAUGUAUGGUCUCGUAGGCCUCCUCGCCUAUAAGUCAAGUGGUCCUGCAAGGCAUACAAUCAGCCUUCCGCUCAGAGGUUCGCGCCCAAUCGGCCCAACGCAUAGUUAUAGCAUUACAUCAAGUCAUAGUUAGGGCCUCACCCGUCAUGGCCAAUCGAUUUUACAAUCUUUUACAUGUCACCGAGAGGCCAACACCCCGCCACCCACCUCAGUGGCACAAAAGCCCCAUGAGCCAAAUCAUAGGUAGAGCCUCUCAAAGCCACUUGGCAAGUAGUCAGGGUGUCACCUGUCACCAACAUAAGCUAGUUAAUACAAUUUUGCCUGUAGGCACUACUCUAGUCACUGGGUCACUGCAGAUCUAUACUAACAAAGUCAUCUUCCUCACUUCCUUAGCAUGUCUUAAGUUUCUAUAUAAGGAGACGUUCUGUCAGUUACCAGCACCCAUCUCAGUUCAGGCUCACAGAGUACUAUACAAACACCAACUGGCGUCAGUUACACACGGAAUGGUUUCGAAGGCAUUUUUCGGGUCUCAAAACACCUUCCUGCGCCAUAAGCUCAGCAACAGCCCAUGCGAUCAAAUUUCAUCCUGGAAACGAAGCUAUUCCCUCUACCAGUAAGCCAACACUGAUUAUCAGUCUAACACAUCCCAGAGGGAUUUUGCUAAGACAAAGUAGGCAGGUCAAUUUGGUUUCUAGGUGAAGCACAAAUCUGCAAUAAUUUCUAUGCCGGUGGUUAUAGUUAUAGUGCUGGUAGGCUUAUUCACAUGGGCUCACUUUGUUUCAGUGCACACGCCAAAAACUAUGUGCCCCUACAGGCGGUACCCUAAAAUCUUCCACGUCAAUAAACUUUCCUAAUCUAUAACGCUACCUGUCUACUCAUCCUUCUUUAUAUCUGGUAGAAUUUCUCACGUCUACUAACUGGUUUUACACAGGGUUUGUGUCACUCCACAUAGGUAUUUUGGAACACCCCAUCCUACAGUCAGCACUCACAGUUCCCAUCAGAGUACAAAACUCUUACUUAAUGAAAUCAUCAAUGGUUUCUUGAUAGGGCCUUUCACAACACUACCUUUACACCUCCUGGAGGACAAACCCCUAGGAAUCGCCUCAGGGAAUUUUACAUUUUAAAGAGACUUAUCAUUUGAUUUUUCUGCACCUCACUCUCACCCACUUCUCCUAGCUUAAAUACUCUGUCCCUGUCAUAAGUUUUCCUUCAGUUCGCCAGAAUUAACGAGGCCAUACAAGCAAUCAUUCAUUCCGGGAAGGCUGCCUGGUUAUGUAAAUCAGACUUUACUAACACGUGUAAAUUACUACCCAUUCUUCAGUCAAUCUGGCAUCUGCAUGGAGUUAAGUGGGAAGACAGCCACUAUUUCGUUACCAGACCAACAUUCUGCUUCAUAUGUAGCCCAAGUUAUGCGAUAUCUUCGCCGAAACCUUAAACCUGGCUCCUACGGAACCUAUGCAGAUGUCCAGUAGUCUUACACUACAUAGACAACUUCCUCACCAUCGAACCACACCAAAGCACGCCACACAGCCUGAAUCACAUGUUCACUCAGUUCAAAGAUUAGGAGUACCCAUAGCCCGGACAAAAACACAGAGAUCACAUUCCCGGGGUUUACACUCAGUUCUAUUUCUAUGCAGGCCGACCUUCCACAAGUGUAAGUAGAUAGAAUUCUUUCUUACAUCAACAUCUGCACAUCACAAGACACUUGCACCAGGAAUCAGCUACAGUCACUAUCCAGUUCACUCAAUUUUGCGGGGAGAAUAAUUCCACAAGGUAAGUCUUUAAUUUCCAGAAUCCUCUCUUGCUUGCAUGGUCUCCCUGUCGAUGACUCCACAGCUCUCUUAGACAAACCAGCUAGAGCUGAUAUUAAAAAAGUGGUGUCUGUUCCUGUCCUCUUGGAAUGGCAGGUCACUACUUGAUCCCCCUGUUUCCGACGAUUCCCCUAUGGUCCGGACUGACGCAUCAGGUGCCGUAGAUUAUGCAGCAAAUUUUGGUUACAAAUUGGUACACGUCUCUUGGCCAAUUAAGUCUACCUCGCAAAUAAAUUUCAAUACCACCUCAGCACUAUUUGAAUCUACACAAUUGUAGCAGCUACACAUAUACGGGGCAAAGAGUGGAGAGGGCAGUCGGUCAGAUACUUUUCUAAUCUCUUGGCGAUAUAUAAUAUCGUUUACAAAGGCCGCUCUCAGUCCCUCUCGAUUAUGAACUUGGUAAGGAGUCUUACCUGGCUAGCGGCAAAUCUUCAAUUCUGCAUAACUUAUGUUCACAUUCAAGGUAACGCAGCUGAUGCUCUCCCACACUCUAAUUGCUGGAGUUUUUCGGAGGUCAUCCAUCAGCAAACUCGCAGUCCAAGGAAAAUCCAAGCUUUACAGUCCUAAUUAUGUGUUAAAUACUCUGUUGCUCCAUAGUAGGUCGCUCGCACAGGCUGGUUUAUACCUUAAUUUAAGAAAGCCUAUUCCAAGAGCGUAUCAGUUGUUUAAAGGUUUGUUCGUGUUGUGUGAUAAAUGUUUCUAUUUGUAACUAUGGUGGCAUUUACAACUUUGCCUCUUUUCUCCUAAAUUAGUUUACAAUACUAUCAAACCUUACUUCACAGGCAUAAACAUUUGUCUAUUACUCAUACCAAAACUAGCCAUACUGGUCCUCCAGUAGAGAUGAAAUAUUAACCUACCUCUACCAAAUCAGGUCCUAUCCACAUUUUGGAUAAUCUUUUGGAAUCUCAACUCACUUCCAUCCCUGAUUCCCCACUAGUAGCUUUUCAAGGGAAACCCCUAACCAAUAAACGUUUUAUGCUUUACAUUUGUACGAUAUCACUCCGACUAGGACAUAACCCUCAUUCCUUCUCGGGCCAUUUAUUCCGCAUUGGAGCAGCCACAGCUGCUUCCGGUAAUCACGUACCAACUCACAUCAUUAAAAUAUGGGUCGGGGGAAAUCAUCUGCAUACAACAAAUAAAUCCCUAAUCCUGAGAAAGAAAUAAGAUUGACUUUCUGUUAACUGUCUAAAUAAUGACCUGCUGUAUAAAUGUAUCUGACUUGUAAGAAUCGCUUCUUAUAUUUUGCCCUCUUUUACAGGUCUAACCUCCUGUCAGUUUCGGCACACCUCAACUGUCUUUGCUCUUACUACUAUUGCUUCUUUAUUAUUAAUCCUUACUUCCUCGAAAUGUGCCGUACACAAAUAGAAGGCUUGGCCUGUAAUUGUGGAAGGUACAUGGAACCCUACUUAAACCCAGUGAGCUCCUGCUUACCUGUCUUUGACGAUCUCGGAAGUGACCCUCCCACCGCACCCUCUAUUUAUUCUCAUAUGACCCAGGUGGUCCCUCUUUUACAGGUCUAACCUCACGUCAGUUUCGGCACACCUCAACUGACUUUGCUGUUACUACUAUUGCUUAUUUAUUAUUAAUCCUUACGUCCUCGAAAUGUGCCGUACACAAAUAAAUAAAUAUAUAUUUAUAUUUGUGUGUGUGUGUGUGUAUAUGUGUGUGUGUGUGUGUGUGUGUGUAUAUAUAUAUAUAUAUAUAUUUAUUUGUGUGUAUAUAUAUGUGUGUGUGUGUGUGUAUGUAUAUGCAGUGUUUACAUUACAGCCCAGUGAUAACUUCACUGGCCACUCCUCAGAUGUUGGUUAUAAAUCCUUCAUGGGUCAUGGCUGCCUAAAAUGCAUCCAAACAUUCAGUAUCUCCUCAUUCUGCAUGCAGACACUGAACUUUCCUCAUAGAGAUUCAUUGAUUCAAAUUGUGCUGGCUCUUCCCCUGAUCUGCCUCCUUGUCAGUCUCAGCCAAUCCUAUGGAGAAGUUCUGUGAUUGGAUCAGGCCACCACUUCUGAUGAUGUCAGCAGACAGCUUGCUAUUCUGAGGCAAACCGCAUGCAGAGCUACAGCUUCAGGCUUCAAUACAAGUAAGAUUGUGCUAUAUUUAGGGAGGGAUGAGGGGCCCAGGUGGGCUAGAUGGUGGUUUUAACACUAUAUGGUCAGGAAUACAUGUUUGUGUUCCUGACCCUAUAGUGUUCCUUUAAUUAUUACCUCAGACAUCCCAACAUACAAAAAUGCAUUUCAGGGAGGUGGCUUCACGAGCUACUAUGCACCCAACCCCACGCGCACAUACACGUGACACUUACACUCAGAUACACACACUGGCACGUACUCUCAGAUACAUACACUGACACUCACAUACACACACUGACACACUCAGAUACACAAUGACUCGUACACAUAUUGACAUGUGCACAGUCUGACACCAGACAUGUCAUACUUUAUACAUUUGCAGUCACCCUCCUGCUAACUUACCUUGUGUGUCCAUGAAGGUGGUUCUGGUCCUGGCUAAGGCUGGUGGAAUUGAGCAUGCAGCAACGGCUCACUCCAGCCGCUGCUCUGUUCUCCUCUGCUGCCUCCAUCCUCCUCCCUCAAUUCCUCCGAGGAGGCUCUCUGUGAAGUCUGUCACUUCCUUCCUGCCAGCUGAUGUCACAGGGGCCCGGUGAGCUCUUAAACGGCCAGCACCUGACCGGCCUGUUUAGCAAGAAUUAUUGGGGCCGGUCAGGUGCUGGCCGUUUAAGAGCUCAUCAGAUUGUGUGUGUAAUUUCCAGGAUAUUCUUUAUGAUUUGCUGGUGUUAGGGAGCCGCAUUCAAAAUGCGUCAGUCUCCUGGAACCUCCUGUAGACUUUGGAUGAAUGUUACCUGCAGCCACGUUUUGUAUAUUUCUUAUAAUGCCCUUUGGUGAGUUUUAAUUGCAGGGUGCUCAAUAGAGAUGCAGUCCUAAUGGAGAGGUAUUAGGAACCACAUGCCUAAGCUCAGGCCAGUCAAUUUCUAUUAAAGGAUCACUAUAGUGUCAGGAAAAGAAACUCGUUUUCCUGACCCUAUAUAAUCGUUUGGUCCCCCCUCCCUCAGGGCACCCCUCCCGCUGGGCUGAAGGGGUUAAAACCACUUACCUUUAUCCAGCCCUGGGCUACCUUGGCGCUGGUGACCUUUCCUCCCCCUCCGACGUCAGCUCUCGAGUGGAGCCGAAUGCGCCUGAAACUGCUAUGUUUACAGCCGCAGGGUUACAACCUCCGGGACCUGGCACCCAGACCACUUCAUUGAGCUGAAGUGGUCUGGGUGACUAUAGUGGUCCUUUAAAGCAAUGUGCUGGGCACUUUUCCCCCAAAUAGUUCUGUGAAAUUGUCUGAAUAUAGCUGUCCAUUGGCACUGCCACUCACUCAAUGCUUGUCCCCUCCCAUACUGAUUCAUUGUGGGCCCUACACCCUUUAUCUGACCCCAGCUGUCCUUAUCAGUUUCUUCAGUUUAUGGUAUCUACCCAUGACACACCACAGACAUGCAGCGACUUUAAAGUCUUGUGCUGUCAUGUGAGAGAAGAAUAAAUUAAAAAAAAAACUGAAAUAGAGAGAAGAUAGACACAUAGAAAUAGUUUGUCUAAAAUAACACAGACCUAAUAUUUUGGCAGAUUUUAGCAGUUUCCAAACUCACACAGAGCAGGCAGGCACAAUCGAGAAAUCUUGGCACCUUAUGUGUGUUGUGAAGGCCAUUUGUGGUUUGACAAAAAUAUCUGGUUGACUCUGGCUGACUCAAACCAUACUCCGAGACAAGCCACAAGUGUUUAAAAAUAAAUACUGCUUAUUCUAACAUUUGUUAGCACAAUGAAUAGUUUUUUUCUUUGAUCAAGCCAAGCCAUUGAAAUAUUGUAAAAUGGAAAAACAAAAACAGAAUUUGAAAGUUUUACACAGAACAUAAAUUGCUGAAUUUUGGUACUACAUUAAAUUUAUAUAAUAUAUAUUAACUUUAUGUAAUUUAUGUAGGUUCUUUAAAUGAAGUAACAUGCUGUUCUUGAAUACAGUUGUUUGGUCUGAGGACUGAUUAGCUUCUGUAGCUGAUGCAUUUUUGGAAGCAGAUCUCUGGCAGCACAAGAUAUACAACUAAAAUACAAAUUCCAUCGUGGCUACUGGUGAGCAACUUAUUUUGGUGUUUGCUCACAGAGAACCUCAGAAAACCACAUUACCUCUACUUCCUAUCAUAAUGGACUACAACUAUUUAUAGAACCUCUCUAAUCGUUACUUAAAGGUGAACUGUCACAUACCAGGAUCAGAUCAUAAUCCAAAAAGAUUAAAAUUUGUAAUUGGAUGGCUUGUAAGUAUUAAUUACAUUUUAUUUAAAGGUGUAAUUCCUUGCAGAGUAUGGGUUCAUCUUCAAGUGCCUGCCCUAAAAUUAUUACAUGCAUGGAAGAGCUGUUUAAAUAUUCUAAUGCAGUGCUUUAUCCAUAUUGCACCCAUCAGCAUCUUCUUGUAGAAAUGCAUUGAACCAGUGCAUUUCUAUUGGGAGAAUUCAGUGUUUCCGUGCAAAGUGUGGAUAUGCUGAAUAUUGGUAUUUCAGGAACAAACCCAGGAAGUCUCUCUAAUGACUGCUGUCAGAGACACAGUCACUAAUCACACUGCCUUUUUAAGAAAAGACCGCAUGUACACAUCCAACCUGCAGGGAAAGGCUAUAAACCCAGAAGAGAAGGUGUCCCUUUUAAAUUGUAACACUGUAUAUUAUAGCAUAAGAUUCUGUUGAACAAAAUAACAUAUUUAUCAUUAUGAAAACAGAGUUAAACCAGAGCUCAGGGACAUGUAGAUAUGGGUAAUGAUUACACAGUUGGGGAGGUGGGAAGUGAACAGAUCAGAUACAGAGGGCCCAGUACAUGGAAAUUGUUAUGAAUUAUCGAUGAAAGCUUUUAUGAAGAGGUGAGGCUUUUUCAGAAAAAGUGAUGAGAGAGUUAGCUGACUUGGAUUUGCGGAGGUAGUUUAUUACGGAAGCAGGAGACUGAGCAUGAUUACAGUGAACUUUGGGUAAAGGAUGCAGAGGAAAGGGAGCAGAUAGGUAUGGGUCUUGUGGAAUAUGAGAGAGAAGUGAUAGUCCUAUCUGGGCAAGACUUUUGAAAAUAGCGUUGUUGAAUUGGAAGCAAUAUAAGUUUUAGAAGAAUAAGAGUGGCAUGAGCAGAUCAUGCAUACUAAGGAGGAUGCUGCCAGCAGCAUAUUGAAUAUGCUAGAAGAGUAAGGUGGUGGAGUGUUAAAGGACCACUCUAGGCACCCAGACCACUUCAGCUUAAUGAAGUGGUCUGGGUGCCAGGUCCAGCUAGGGUUAACCCAUUUUUUCAUAAACAUAGCAGUUUCAGAGAAACUACUAUGUUUAUGAAUGGGUUAAGCUUUCCCCUUUUUCCUCUAGUGGCUGUCUCGUUGACAGCCACUAGAGAUGCUUGCGUGCUUCUCACUGUGAUUUUCACAGUGAGAGCACGCCAGCGUCCAUAGGAAAGCAUUUAUAAUGCUUUCCUAUGUGACCGGCUGAAUGCGUACGCAACUCUUGCCGCGCGUGCGCAUUCAGCCAACGGGGAGGAGAAGAGGAAGAACGGAGGAGGAGAGCUCCCCGCCCAGCGCUGGAAAAAGGUAAGUUUAAACCCCUUUCCCCCUUCCAGAGCCGGGCGGGAGGGGGUCCCUGAGGGUGGGGGCACCCUCAGGGCACUUUAGUGCCAGGAAAACGAAUAUGUUUUCCUGGCACUAUAGUGGUCCUUUAAGGAAAUGUGAGCAUGAUGGAGUUGCAUUAGUCUAGUCUGGUACAGAUAAUGUAAUGCAUACGAGGUCUUGCAGCAGAAAAGGUGGUAAGAGAACAAAUCUUUUAAAAAUGAUGGCACCUAUGUAGCAAGUUGUGUGAGAGCAUGAAAUAGUCAGAAGCAGUGGCAAAGCAUGGUCAAUUUGAACUCUUUCAGGGCCACACACAUCUAAUCAUUCCUGAGCUGACCGGGUGACUAGCACUAAGCCCAUCCCGCCAUUGACCUCCCUUACUAGCAGUGCUACCCUGUUCCUGAUCUGCACUAUAGUGUGGUCCAUCGUCUAAUCCAGCAAUAAGCAGCCUCUUCUCCUCUGCCCCAACCCCUGCCUAGGGGUUUGAUUUAAUGCUCUGUUCCUGUCCUCUCCUCACAGUUCAUGGUAUCAAUCAGCUAUCAGUACGAUCAUCAGGACAAUCAUUCCCAUGCUACUUAGCCACACUAUAAAAGAGAAGUAAGGAAGUUUAAAUGUGAUUUGUGAAUGGGAAUAUUAGGGAGAAACAUAGAAAGCUGUAUGGAAAGUGGUGAGGGAGAUAAUAUGGAGAGAAUCGGUUAGUAAGGGGGAGAAAAUUAGGAAAAUUUGAAAAGUGGGGGCAUAUGGAGCCAGGGACAGGAAGUGUGAGGAAGAAAAGUUUAAAGUGUGUGGGAAGAAUGUGGUGAGAGUGGCAGAAGGUGGGGUUAGAAUAUAUAGAAACGGAAGGAAAUGAGGGGUAUGGAAAGAGAGAUAUGGGGAGAAAUAGGAGGCAGGUUGGAAGAACUACACUAGUACGGAGUAAUUGGGGAUAGGUAAAUGAUAAGGUGAUGCUCGGCCCAGUGCAAUAAUACACACACAAUGUAUUCACUAUACUUUGAAUUGUAGCAAAUUGAAAACUGAAUUGCAAAAUUAAGGCAACAUUUUUAGGCUUAUGAGUAAUUCAAUUUACUACAAUUUGGAGUCCAGUGAAUAACUCUGAUGUUAAUGUGCAUCAUAGAUGCAUUUUUAUACACAGCCAGUGGAGGUGUAAACAAAGUGGUUUAACUUCUAAAUGGCAGAGCAUUGAACAGUGAGACUGCAGGGGCAUGUUCAGUACACCAUAACUGCUUCAUUAAGGUAAAGUUAUUUUGGUGCUUAAUGUAUCUUUAAAAUACUAGAAUAUUGAUACCUUUUACCUUAUGUUUUUUUUUUUACUCCUUUUAGUUGAGGCUAAUUGCUUUAUUAUUGGUUACAUGGUAAAUGUCUACUUCACUCACAUUGAAUUCGCCUGAUAUUUAUGUUAAUUUAUUUGCAUGCUCUUGUAUUUUAUGGUCUCAUUCUGUAAAUGUUUACUAUUCCUUGUAAAUCUUUAUAAUAAAAUAAAUAUUUUGAAUACAUUUACUUAUCCAAGGGACUAAAGCACUAACCCAACCUACUUCUCUGCCAUUAUAAUUAAGUUGUUCUGACAGACAAAAUGAUUUCAGAUUGGGUCAACUGCGUAGAGUCCUGGACACUGACAGGGUUAUCCACUAAACAUCAAAAGUUUGCUGAUAAAAUAAAAAUCAAGAGUGCUGAUUUGGAAAAAAUCUCCUCAGCUCACCCUUUUCCUCAGUUUUUACAUUUUAGAUUUAUUUGAAAAAAAUCAGUGAAUAAUCCUGUGUCUCUCACCCUCUGUCUGCCCACUCUUAUGUGUGGUGUGUACCAACUCUGUGUGUGAUGGUUCCUGGGUAUGAGCUGUGUGUGUGUGUGUAAAUGGUUUGUGUAUGUGCUUUGAUUUGACCCCUUCUGUUCUUAUAUUAUUUCCAUCAACCUGAUUUCAUACAUCAUAUCAUCAAUCAUGUUUUCAGUGGGUGUUAUUUGCUCCCAGCUUCGAAGUUCUGAAGUAUCCCUCCCCUUUGCUUUGGGGGAUAUCCCGGUCCACCACAGCACUGAUUCAAGCCUGGUUCCACACAAACAGGCCCCAGUGAUCGGGCAGAGACACGAAAGUCUAACGCAACCUACCUUGCCUUAGAUGGUGGCUAUUUGCAGUAAGAUGGCCCCUAUUCAUCAUGCUGAUCCCACACACCACUGUAGCAAACUGCCAGUACGCUUUGAAUAGCGUUGUGCAGCAUCUUGGUGGAGUAUGCAAGGGAGGAUGGCAGAUUGCAUCGGAAUGGAGGCACUCACCAUGCCGUGACAGUACCUAGGGCGGACCUGACUGUGCCUCAUCAGAAACAAGACAAGGGGGGGGAGUAGACCUUCUGGUUUGAGACAGAAGAGAGACGGGCAUCCAACCACCUGCGGUGACAGCCAUGAGGUCAAAAUCAUGCUACAGCAGCGAGUGGCUCCUCUUGGAAGGCGUUUAAAACUCCACAUGCUCACUCGAGUUAAGAGAGCCGGCAAACAAGAAGCGGUGGCAACCUUGCAGCUUGGCAACACCCUGCACAGGCUCCAUCUCAAUAUGUAUGAUACUGAACGCCUGUUGAUGCUAUCGUGGCAUCACAAGCUUGUUUGUAAUUACCUGCACUGCAAAAAUAAAGAAUUGAGAAAAAAAAAAUAUAUAUAUAAGGCACCUAGAAAGAUAAACUUUACAUAGUGUAAUAUGUAAUAGGUGAAGGACACACAAGAUGAGGGGGGGAAAAAAACUCACUAGAGCCAGAAGAUGUGUCAGUUUAUCAACCCUAAAAGGGGUAUAUGUAGAUAAAGAUGCUCCAAUCUUCCUGAGCAUGGAAUAAACAUAAAAGAAAUAUAGUGCAGAUUGAAUGUACAAAAGUAUCAGCAGCAAUAUAGGCAUAUCUCCACUUGCAGUGGAUCAAGAUUGGAAUCCUGAGUAGUAUGUCAUCCCAGCGAUGAAAGGAGAAUAUCCCAUACAAAAGCCCCCAAAAAUGUAAGGAAACAAAAUAAAGUGUCAAGGGAAUGAGUAGUCUGAAUCAAUGCGUUUCGUCCUUUGGACUUCUUCAGGGUGAUCGGACUGCUCCAUAUAUAUGUGUUAGCGUUGAUUGAAAGAUUCUGUUCACCUGUAUUCCUCGUUGCGUGCAUUUCACAGUGAAGCGCUAUCCUGCUUCCAGGUUUGUUGUUUCGUCUGUUAUGUCAAUUUCUUGCGCAAAGACAAUAUGUGUACCACGUUGGAAGGCAACCCUCUCUCAACAUCAAAUGCUCGUAAAUUAGGGGUGCACCGAAAUUAAAAUUCUGGGCUGAAACCCGAAACCGAAAAUGACUUUUUUCCCCCAAAAUCAUUUAAAAAAAUUUUUUUCAUAUAAUUUUUUUAAUAUUAGACUUAAUGAAUUUCAUUAAUCUAAUAUGAAAAACUUCCCUUCUCUUUUAGUGGUCCCUCACUUAAUGUUCCUCUCUGCCCCCGCUAGUGUUCCUCUCCCCUCCCUCUUUUUUUAGUGUUCUUCCCCCCCCCACCUCCCCAGUUCCAUAGUAUUCUUUUCUCCCCUCCCCUGUCCCAGUGUUCUCCCCUCCCCUGUCCCAGUGUUCUCCCCUCCCCUGUCCCAGUGUUCUCCCCUCCCCUGUCCCAGUGUUCUUCCCUCCCCUGUCCCAGUGUUCUUCCCUCCCCUGUCCCAGUGUUCUUCCCUCCCCUGUCCCAGUGUUCUUCCCUCCCCUGUCCCAGUGUUCCUCCCUCCUCCCCUGUCCCAGUGUUCUUUUCUCCUUUUCUCCCCUCCCCUUGGAACAACUAAGGGCAGCAGGUAUUAUGACCUGUGGUUACAGCAUUUUAGCGGCCCAGCCAGGAAAGACACUGGUAUGCCAUCUAACCAAUGCCCCUACUUGCUGCCCAAGUUCUCAAAGAGUCCAUCCCGGUCUUCCCCUCGCUGACAGUCCAGGCUUCAGUCGGGGUUUGCGGUUGCAGAGUUGUGAUCCUGCGCUCCCAGUAGGAUAAGGGGAAUCUCUUCCAUUCAGGCUUGUCGUGCUGGAGACAAGGGAGCAUAUCUUCUUGCUGGUGAGGUGAGCAGUAGUGGGAACACCUUGUUGAUUGAAGUGGAGCCGUCCGCCAGUGUAGCUUUUUACGCCAUCUCAUUUGCGGCCCCUUUCGGGAGACACGUGUGGGAUGUUUAUGCCUGUGGUAACGAGCAGCAGAACGGUUCCGGUGAGCCGCAUAAUGGUCGGCGGGAGCGGGAAUGGAUGCCCCUUUACAGAACAGAACUCCGUGGAAGGUACAGGUUCGGUCAGACACUGUAUGUCGCGGUUCCUUGCGUGUUGACCCUAGCGGGGCUUCACUUUUGUCGCGUUGUGUAGUAGGGGAGGUGGGUGUAGUGAUUGCGGUUCUGUUUAGUGCCUCUGAUCGUGCCUCCACCUGAAUCCGCCUCAAUCUCCGCUCCUCCUCAUAGUGUGUUUCUUCCCCCAAAAAAAAAAUUCUAAAAAAAUUAAAUAAAAUAUAUAUUUUUUUAUUUCGGCAAAUUUGACCAGUUUUCGGCUGAAACGGGAUAGGCUCAUUUUCGGCUGAAAUUUCGGUGCACCCCUACUCGUAAUAUUUGAUUUCUUAGUGCUUGAUUAGGCCUUGAUAAAAGCCCUAACUGGGGCUGAAAUGUUGCUGGAGAUUUUCAAAUAAAAUUACUAUUCUGAAAAUAUUCAGGUGCCAGAUCUUCUUUCUGGUUUUGUUUACAACUAUUUUGUCUUAUUUCUGUUUAUGACGUUUUGUGGUGACUGAUCAUUAGAUAUGACGAAGGCAGGGCCAGACUGGGAAGAAAAUUCGGCCCGGGCAUUUUUUUAUUACAGCGGCCCACUGAAAAGGGGGCGGGGCCAGAUAGGGUGUGUUUUGUCAUCACCAAUGACAAGCACGCCCAAACACAAAGUGAGCAUGUUGGUUCAAUGUUCUUCCAGGGCAGACCAUGCGCAGAGCUCUGCUGAAGAGCUCUAGCAUGAGAAAAGGCCCUGUAUUUGUUCUGCACAGCACAAGCAAAUUUAAUAACAUGCUUGCAUUGUGUUUGCUUGAAAUUUGUCUGGUGUCUCCAUAGAUGGGAUACCAGGAGACAUAAAUGCCAGGAAAGAGUACUGUGCAGUGUGUGUGGUGUAGUGUGUGCAGGGCGGGUGCUGUGUUUGAGUGAGGGUGCAUUGUGUGUGGCUGUGAGUGUCAGGGCUGCUGUGAGUUUCAGGGGUGCAGUGUGUGUGGGAGUAAGGGUGCUGUGAGUGUCAGGGGUUUAGGGUGUAUGUGUGAGGGUGCUGUGUGUGUGUGUGUGGGGGGGGGUGCAGUGUUUGAGUGAGGGUGCUAUGUGCGUGUGAGGAAGCUGUGUGUGAGGGUUCUGUGAGUGCCAGGGCUGAAGUGUGUGUGAGUGAGGGUGCUAGUGUGUGAAUAUGUUUAUAGGGCUUGUGUGUUGGGGGGGCAGAUUAUUAUUAAUAUAUUCAUUUUAGAAAUAAAUAAAAAUAAGCCAGCAUUGAUUAUAUCCCCCCUCCUUUCUUACCUUUAGCCUGGGAGGGGUACCGUGCUGCUAGUGAUGAGUGACCUCUAGCCUGUGGGGCUAGAGUUCCCUCUUGCGAGAACAGGAGCAUUGCCAUGUCAACGCUCUGGAUCUCGCGAGAGGAAGCCGGGGGUGCUGCAAGAUAGAACUCCUCCGGGCUCCUCUCCUGUCUCCCUCCCUCCCCAGCUGGCGGCCGCAUCACAUUGCAUGUGGGCCAGUGAGAGAGAUAUUUGAUCUCCCUACUGGCCCGUUGUGGAAAACAGAGGGGCCCGCGCUCUGAUAGCACUGUCCCUGCAUGGAACGGCCAGGGAGAUCCUGUGAUCUCCCCUGCUGGCCUCGGCCCAUGGUUAUCGAGGCACACCGGGCAUUUACCCGAUGUCCAGUCCGGUCCAGGACAAAGGACAAGGUUUGGUUGCUUUACUUUCUUUGGUAAAUCAUGUUCCACAGAGCAGAGGUCUCUUAUAAGUUUGUCUGUCCUCUUUUCCAUUCUUGAGUCGGAAGUUAGCAGCCAAAAUGCCUGUUAUGCUUAUUAUGCUAAGGCAGGAAAGGGAAGUUGGUUCUCGAUGGCAGGAAGUCCUGUACCUUUUCAAUUGUUAAGUUACAUGCUAGUAAGUUUAAAUUUUGUUUUGUUUUGCAGUACCACAUACGUAGCAGGAAACAGUCUACUUAAAAUAAAUACAUUUUAAAAUCUCAGAAUACUCUUGCGACCCGUUUUUUGCUCUCCAUAAGUUUAAAGGGUAAUCCAGACGUGGACCUCUUGCUCACGGUGCCUAGAGAGAUAUCAGCUAUGCCUCACUGAUGAUGCCUAACACAUCUGAAAUGAUCGACGUUUCGACCCGUUCUUGAGAAGGACCCGAAUGGGUUGAAAUGUCGAUCAUUUUAGAUGUAAACCAACAUUUGGAUUAAAGUAAUAUAUUUUUUUGUAAAAGACCUGAGACUGCAGAGAAAUUUGAGGUAUGCUUGGGAUCAUUGUCUUGUUUAAAGGUCCAAUGACUCCCAAGCUUCAGAUUCCUCAGAGAUGGCAUGAUGUUUUCUUCUAUGAUUUCCUAAUGCUUCAAUUAAUCCAUCUUGCCUUCCACACACUGCAGGUUUCCAGUGCCAGAGGAUGUAAAGCAGCCCCAGAGCAUCACAGAGCCACCACAAUGUUUAACUGUAGGCAGCAUAUUGUUUUCAGCAAAAGCUUUAUUCCUCUACCUCCAAACUAUCACCAUUGGGUUGAAAAAGUUCCAGUUUUGUUUUGUCACUCCACAGAACAGAAUCCCCACACUUCUGUGGCUUAUUUAUGUGAUUUUGGGUUAGUAAUGGUGUAUGUUGUGAAGUUCUGGCAUGGAAACCUUCUGUGUUUUGUAUGUGCUUACAGUGCUCACUUAAACCACAGUUCUUGUAGCCACCUAGUCUUGUUUCAGGUCUUUUGCAGUCACUCAAGGGUUUUGUACAACCUCAUUCUCAGAAAUCUGUUUGUAGCCAUUGAUAGCGUCCUUUUUCUGCCUCGUCUAGGUAGAGGAACCACUAUUCUUCCAACAGUGUCUUUAGGAACAUUCAGUGCCUUUGCUUUCUUUUUGUAUCCUGUUCCUUGUUUAUGAAGGGUGAUGAUCUCUUCUCAUAACUUUGUGGGCUAUUCAUUUGGCUUAGCCAUAUUUCAACAUGCAGUCAAACAUGUACUCAACAAACCCCUAGCCCAGACGUAGGCAACCUUUGGCACUCCAGAUGUUUUGGACUAUACCUCCAAUGAUCUAAAUCAAAUAGAGAUUCACCACUGGUCAGUGCCAUUGAAGCCUCUAGGCUUGCAGUGGCAAGUAACUUCUACAGUAAUUUAAAACACCCCAAAAAUGCAUUUUAUUAUUUCAGAACAACACGAAAGUCACAUCACCGAAUAGUUUGAAUCUGAGCACACACUUUGUCAAAAUAUCACUCAGAUCCCUUCGGUGGUUCGGGAAAGCCAUCCGAAUGAAGUUUUCACCAAUCGGCUUCGAGGUGAUGCCCCAAAACAGUUCCAGAGAAAACAAGGCAAUGACCGGUUAUCUUUUGGGGGUUCUUGCAUGAACACCGACUAAUGCUGCCCCUGGCUGUUAGGAUACAAAUACUCCACUUGUUCGUUAGUUUCUGCUUCCCGAAUGCCGUUCUCAUAAGUGUGCGGGAAGUUGGAUGGGCAGCAGUACCAAUUUGCUGGGUGUUUGCAGGGUCACGUAGCUGAAAACAGUUCCACGCCUUCGACUAUGUACCGCUGCCCGUGUUCGGGAGACAAAAUGGCCACACAGGAAAAGCACUUGAACUAAUAACCAAUUUGUGGUUAACAGGCAGGGGUGGUCGGAACGUAAAAGGUAUGAACAAGGGGAACACACAGAGUUGGUUCGGUAAACAAACGGGGGGGUGUAUAGACAGCCGAACAAAAAUAAAUUAAGAGGGUCCAUUCCACUACAAAACCUAUUAUAGGGACACUAUAGUCACCAGAAUAACUACAGCUUAAUGUAAUUGUUCGUGUGAGUAUAAUCAGUAUAUUCAGGCAUUUCCAUGCAAACACUGUCUUUUCAGAGAAAAGUCAAUGUUUACAUUGCUCCUAGGGACACCUACAAGUGGCCACUCCUCAGAUGGCCACUGGAGGUGGUUCCUGGGGCAGUGCUGUACAGUAGGCAGCACUGCGCUGAUCAGCAUAGGCUAAGCAUUGGAUUGGUUAUAAAAAAUGGCAGUUCUGAUAAAGUCACCAAGGAGGCAGAUCGGCGGCGGGGCCAGCGCCGGCAGACCCGCACGGUGAUGGAAAUAAGAUAAGUUUUAACCCCUUAUAAGGGAUUAAAGGGGGGGGGGUUACACACUAUAUGGUCAGGAAUACAUGUUUGUGUUCCUGACCCUAUAGUGCUACUUUAAAAAUGGUGGGACAUGAUUGGACCAGAUAUUGGCCUUUGUAUUGUUCAGGUGUGUACCAUUACUAUUUUUUAUUUUAUUUUAAUUUAGGUUUUGUUUUUUAUUAUUUUGUCAUAGCAAGGAUAUAAAAUGCUGCUAAUUUGUUGAGGAAAUCAGUAAGAUAUGUUAAUAUUAAUAAUUUCCAUGCUUUUUCUUGUUUCAUAUGAUCCUCAGAAUAAACUUACAUCUGUUUAGUAGUGAUCGUUGGGGCAGUAGGGGACAAAUACAGCCCUUUCUAAACUGAUGAGAACAUUAAUUUGUAUGUUUAAUAAACUCUGUAGCCUGUAAUCUCCAAAAAAAGUGUUUGUGUUUGAGUAAGGUUAAUUUAUGUUCUCCUCACUACACAUACAAGCUCUGUUUUCCAUUCUCAUGUUGGUAUAGCAGUGUGUUACUACACUUCAACCCCCUCUCAAUGAUUUUCCUGUGUUAGUGGUUGCCAUGGUGACCUGCAUUUGCUUCCUCAGACACAGUAUUUAUUACUGAGGUGUUUGCUUGUAGCUGCUAAUUAUAAGAAUAGAACAACCAUCUAAAAGUACAGUAUAUGUUAAAAUUUGCAUAGAAUUAUUAUUGGCACAAAACAGCUUCUUUGGCAUAUAAGCAAAGUAGUUGUAGUUUCAUUACAGGUAGUUAUCUUAUAUUAAUUUUAUUUUUUUCCAAAAACUACCUGUACUUUCUAAUUGUCUAGAAUAUAUUUUGCUUGGAUACGUUAUUAAAAUGCUGUAGUAUGGAAAGGAAAAAGGCAUAGGGUAAGAAAGGCUUUAGAAUAUAUACCAAUUCAAGGUUUCCAUACAUUAUGGGAAAUCCAACAAACUUUACCCCUAUUUACAUAAAACUGGAAUGCAUUUAGGAGCAUGAAGGAAUGCAACUUUGAAGUUUCAAAACUUGAAAUAAAGUCUCAGAUUUUUUUUCCCCAUUACUAAAAAUAGAAGAUUGCAGGGUUAGGCAAACUAUGGCAACAAACUGCUCAUUCGAAUGGCACAUAAGGCUAUUGAACCCUCACGCUCCUGAAGAAGCUGAGAACUCUGUUUGAGCCAUCUUGCGUCUCACCUAAGUUGGAGUAGGAUGAGUCAUUGACCGCUUUCUGCUCCAAUCCUCCCACUAUAUUUUCAAUCAGCUGCCCCUUCUACCAUUAUUUCCCCACUGUGCUGGAUAAUCACCAUCUGUAUCUGUAAGGAGCCUUACCUAACUGUGCUUAGUGCCACACAAUUCUUCAUGCACAGGAAUGCUUACCAUGGAAUGUCCCAAAGAGCUUGCAAUCUAACACGAGUUUGCAAUCUAAGAAUUGAAUAAGUGCUUUCCUAUGGGGAUUUUGAAGAUGCUGGGCAUACUCGUACGAAGCGUGACAACUUAUAGCAUCCUUUCACAGAGUUACUCUGUGUUAAUACAGAAAGCGCAUCUAGUGGCUGUGUGAGAGAUGACCACUAGAGGCAGUGUUAACCCUGCAAUAUAAAUAUUGCAGUUUCUUUGAAACUUGCAGGGCCGUUAAUGAGAUGAAUAGGGCUGGGUGCCUAUAGUGUCCAUUUAACGAUUGUAGGCAGAUAAAACUUGGGGUUGGGGUAUAGUGAGUGCCAGCCAUAGACAUAUCUAUUGUUUUAGCAAGUGUAUUAACUGUAGCACUGGUGUUCAGGGGUACAAUCAAGGGUUAUGGGAUGUAUCCAUGUGGGCAACAUGUUUUUCUACAACAAAAAAAAAAAUACCAUAUUCCACUCCAGACAUUGUCAUGCAAAAAAAGUUUUCAUUUAAUAUUAUAGCAUUACCAUCAAUGGUCAGGUCAAAAGGAAUAGUAAGAUAUACAUAAACAUAAAAGAUACAUAUGUAACGGCACCCCCAGGCAUAAAAGGGGUUAAACCGCGGUUUAGAGGAUAUUCCCCUUCCAGAUAUACAGGCAGCUACUAUAGACACCAAUCCACCGAACCGGAGAAGCAUAUGAAUGCUCUUAAACAUACGAAUGCUGUAAACAGCCGAAUAGGAAAAACCAUACGAAUAGGUUUACAUUCCUAGCAGUCAAACUGGAACAGCAUACAAUAAAUCCCCCCCAAGAACGAGACAAGGCUCCAUUUUGAGGGUCAAGCAGGAACAAACAGAGCUGUGGGUUUAUUGUUCUUAUAUACACAUUCUUACACAUUAGUACCACCCACAGGGUUUUUGAAAACAACCAAUAAACACGUACGAUACACUCAGACACUUCCACACAAAAUUCUCCCCUCUGCCUGUGAUACAAUUACCUUACACAAUAGGUAAUGUAAUUAUCACAGGCAGAGAAAUACAGUUUUUCCACAUUAUUCAUCAUUUUUAAAGUAUGCAUCACAUUCACAUAAAACUUACAUUUUCAGAAUCAGCAUACUCCAAAUACAAACAUACGUCAAAAUCAUACAAAUUGGUCUAGUGGUUCAAAAGAUAGAUCGUAGUCCUUUGUGACGAAAUGAAGCAUGGCUUUUCUGCCCAAAACCAGUUCCACAGAGUCUUCUAUCCUGAAGAUAAUUGGGAAGUAAUCCAAUUAUCCCCAAGGACAGAGGCAAAACUCCAUUGAACACAUGGCAGCAAAAGACAAUAAAAUACAUAAAAAUAUAUAACUGUGCAGCCAUUGCAUAACACAGGUACAUUCAACAUAUCCCCAGAUAGCUCAGAUCUGAGUGCACAUUAUUACUGAAUGGCGCUCAGAUCACACACAUACAGUUCAAUUGCCAUGGAGCCAAAAUCUUUCCCAUAGUCUUUCAUUAUACGAAUGGGCUCCAUGGCAUAGCUAUCUGGGGUAUCACCGCUAAAACAGGGCAAGCACCGAAUGACCCGGCUUUCGUGUCUUUGCAGGGGAGAAUCAAGCGUUUCAACAUGGGGCCAUAGUCUAAAGGGAGCAGGCGGGCAACCAGGCUCCUCCAAUGCACUGUGGCGAGAUUGCUCUCGUCACAACAUAUAUGUGUAAUUUUGUCUAUAAUACUAAGUUACUUGAUCCACUAAUGUAUCUCAAUCAUAGUGUAUUUUUAGACAGAAUGUUGUAUAAAGAGUACCUUUAUCAUAUCUAGUCUGAGUGGAAAUUACAGAAUGUAAAGGAACCUGGUAUACUGACCAUCAAGAAAUAUAAAGGUGAUGAGUUAUUGAAAGCCCCCAAUCCAUAGCAAUAUACAAAUAAGCAAGAAGCCAAAGAUAUAAAAGAAAGAGAAUAAAUAAAAUAAAUGAAUACAAACUAGAAAGUAUUUGUAUUAUAUACACAUUAAACAGCUGUUCCCCAUGCAGCCACCGGUGGCGAUGUGCUGGGAGAAUGUGAUUACUCUUCACUUCCUCCCAGCCUACAGAGCAGCGCAUGGGAGAGAGAGAGGAGGAGGCAUGAUUUAAUCUUACAGCAAAUCCAGUAAGCAAAUCUUUAUACAUUUGGGGGGAUCAGCUCUGUUUCCACAGUUUAUUGGUGUUUACUCGGUCUGUAUUAAUAUUGAGGGAUGUCUAAGUAGUGACGACAGUGUUUGUCAGCAGGGCCAGCCGUUGGGGUGUGCAAGCUGUGCGGUCACGCAGGGUGCCAUGACAACAGAGGCGCCCGGCGGCCAACACAGCUCAAAAAUUUGGGGACACCAGCAUAUUCAAUUUAAACGAAUCGCUGGUGGUACACUGGUGCGCACCAGCAGUAGGUGCAGUCAGAUCAUAUCCUCUCCCUCGUGGUUCCGGCGCUCAGUUAGUGAGUCAGAGCACAGGCACAGAGAUUCUCAGCCUGCGCUCUAACAACAUUGAAAGUCAGAGCCGUGAAGGAGCGGGUAUGGCAAAGAGCUACUGAUUAGCAUAACAUCAAUAUCCGUUAUAAAACCAGGAACAGGUGGGCAUGGAUAGUGAACUGAUUUGGUGGUGCAAUGGGCCACUUGACUGGUUUUGCCUAAGGCCGCCAGCACUCCCCUGGUGGUCACCAUCCUAGAUGGCUUGCGGGAGUGCCAAGGAGUCAGUAUACUCGAAUAAGGCGCAAUUGCUCAGAUAAAACCACAUAUAUAGAACAGGCAGAAGUCUUGACUCAUAAGUUCUUGGAGAAAGGAUAUAAUAAGGAUCAACUAGAAACCGAGGUCCAAAGGAUUGGAGAUAUAGAUAGGGGAGACCUUCUGAUUAAUAAAACCAAACCUACUACCAACUCUAAUACAGUAUUCCAGUUCUCAUUUAAUACUCAGUAUAACUCCAAAGCCUUUGCAAUUAAUAAGAUAAUCAAAAAACAUUGGAACAUACUUCAGCAUGACGAGUAUAUACGGUAAACAACUCCCAGAUAAUCCUAGGAUUAUUUACAGGAAGGGGAGGAAUUUCCCCACCCACCUCGCUCCAAGCAUGUGUAAAAAUAGAACUGAUAAUAACCUGUUAUUCCACGCAUGUUGUGUACCUCCUCACGUGUGGGUGUGGUGCACAAUAGGCGAGAAGAACGGGGAGAAAGGCCAAAACGCAUCUCCUGGAACAUAAGAACGACAUAAGGAAGGGUAUGCAGGGUCAUUCCGUUCCAGUUCAUUGUAAUUGAUGCCCACGUUUUAGCAUGCAGAACCUUUCAUGGACUGUGAUUGAACAAAUUUCACUGGAUAAGAGGGGAGGAGAUAUUGUUAUGGAGAUGGAUUCAUAACAAUAUUGAAGGGACCACGUCUAAGAAAUAUAGUGAAGUCAAACAGUAUAUAAAAGGAAACCUAAAAGUGCCAUGAAAGAGAAGGAUUCUGGAUGUUGACUUGCAUAAAGCUGGAAAGGGUUAUAAAAGUAUCUCCAAAAGCCUUGCUGUUAAUCAGUCCACGGUAGGACAAAUUGUCUAUAAAUGGAGAAAGUUCAGCACUGCUGCUACUCUCCCUAGGAGUGGCCGCCCUGUAAAGAUGACUGCACGAGCACAGUGCAGACUGCUCAAUGAGGUGAAGAAGAAUCCUAGAGUGUCCGCUAAAGACUUACAAAAGUCACUGGCAAAUGCUAACAUACCUGUUUGCGAAUAUACAAUACGUAAAACACUAAACAAGAAUGGAUUUCAUGGUAGGAUACCACAGAGGAAGCCACAGCUGUCCAAACAAAACAUUGCUGCACGUUUACAGUUUGCACAAGAGCACCUGGAUGUUCCACAGCAGUACUGGCAAAAUGUUCUGUGGACAGAUGAAACCAAAGUUGAGUUGUUUGGAAGAAACACACAACACUAUGUGUGGCGAAAAAAAGGCACAGCACACCAACAUCAAAACCUCAUCCCAACUGUGAAGUAUGGUGGUGGGGGCAUCAUGGUUUGGGGCUGCUUUGCUGCGUCAGGGCCUGGACGGAUUGCUAUCAUCGAAGGAAAAAUGAAUUCCCAAGUUUAUCAAGACAUUUUGCAGGAGAACUUAAGGCCAUCUGUCUACCAACUGAAGCUCAACAGAAGAUGUGUGUUGCAACAGGACAAUGACCCAAAGCCUGGAAGUAAAUCAACAACAGAAUGGCUUAAACAGAAGAAAAUACGCCUUCUGAAGUGGCCCAGUCAGAGUCCUGACCUCAACCCGAUUGAGAUGCUGUGGCACGACCUCAAGAAAGCAAUUCACACAAGACAUCCCAAGAAUAUUGCUGAACUGAAACCGUUCUGUAAAAAGGAAUGGUCAAGAAUUACUCCUGACCGUUGUGCACGUCUGAUCUGCAACUACAGGAAACGUUUGGUUGAAGUUAUUGCUGCCAAAGGAGGUUCAACCAGUUAUUAAAUCCAAGGGUUCACAUACUUUUUCCACCUGCACUGUGAAUGUUUACAUGGUGUGUUCAAUAACAACAUGGCAACAUUUCAUUCUUUGUGUGUUAUUAGUUUAAGCAGACUGUGAUUGUCUAUUGUUGUGACUUAGAUGAUGAUCAGAUCACAUUUUAUGACCAAUUUGUGGAGAAAUCCAUAUCAUUCCAAAGGGUUCACAUACUUUUUCUUGCAACUGUAUUUUUUGGGCUGAUAAAUAUGGCUGAAGUUCUCCACCAAAUCAUGAAUUAACACAGUCUGGUUAAGCAGAAGGUUCCUAUAAGACACUGCUGAGUUGGUAGUAUCCAAUGUUGACAAAAUAUAUGUGCCUUAGAAAAAUUAUAUUGCACAAAAAGAUAAAAAAGGAAAAAUAAAAAUGUCCUAAAUUUAUAUGGAAAAAAUAUAUAAUAUUAAAAAAAAGUCACUGUCAGAUCGUAAGAGGAUUCUCACCCAAUCUGAUGGAGUGGACACUUAGCGGGGGAUAAUGCUUAUGUCUGAUAUUCAGUCACUUUGUGUAAGAUAAUUGUUGAAGGCUCCAUAUGUGGACAUGUCCAGUCACAAAGUAACAAGGAGGAGGUAUCAGGCAGGCCCCGGACCUGCCUGAUUCUUCCUCCUUGCUACUUUGUGUCCCAAACCUGCUUGAUACCUCCUCCUCGUUACUUUGUGCCCGGACCUGCUUAAUACCUCCUCCUCGUUACUUUGUGCCCCGGACCUGCCUGAUACCUCAUCCUUGUUACUUUAUGACCGGACCAGUCAGCAUAUGGAACCUUCAACAAUUAUCUUCCUCGUGGCGACCAAAGAUGAACUUAAUAGUGUUUUUAUAUACAUUUGUGUUCCGGACCCUAUAGUGUUCCUUUAACCCCUUAAGGACACAUGACAUAUGUGACAUGUCAUGAUUCCCUUUUAUUCUAGAAGUUUGGUCCUUAAGGGGUUAAAAGAGAAUGGAUUGACUUUCCAGUUAGUUACUGAGGAUCUGUUAGUUUGUUGAGUAUCUGUGUUUUUUUUUUUUAAUGUAUCUGUUAUCUUCAUAUUUAUCAUCUAUAAUGAUAUGCAAAGCCGUCAAUGGUCUAUUAUGGAGAAUAAUGCCUUUUCAAUGUGAUUUAUGCAACAAAAAUCCUCAGAAGCAGCCUAUAAUGCAUGCACUGCCUAUCGGUGUGUAUUAUCUAAGUCUGUUCACUAACUGGCAUAUUUGUUUAGAAACUUUGGCUAAUUUUAUUUGUCUCAAUUUAGUUCUGCUAAUAGUAUUUCUCUGAGUUUUCUUGUAUUCUCUAUAGAUCAAUAGAAACCUGGUAAGAUGGGAAAAACUAAAGCUAAGCUAUAAAUAGGGAAGCUUACAGCUUGGCUAGCAUUAUAGGGUAAAUGAGAGGAUUCUUUUUAGUUGAAAUGCAUUGCUUUAUAAAUAGAGCUCUGCAUAUGUGUAUAUGUGUAUAAUGUGUUAAAGGGACACUUUUAGCACCAUAAGCACUAUAGUGCACUGUAGUGGGUAUGGUGCCGGGAGUGCCCUGGCUCUCUCAUUAUAAGUCAAACGGUGUUAGCCCUGGCAGUGCAGGGCUUUAGCACACUGGCUGAGAGCAAUCAGCUGAUGAACUGGUGCACUGCUUCAAGGUCUAUAGCUGUUGUAGUGGAAGCGGGGGUGAGGCGCUCAGGUAGCAGUAAAACCAUUCUACAGUGGAGGAGAGGAGAUGCCAGGACCUUUCUUGCACCAGAAAUACUACAGAAAACUGGUUAUAUUUGCAGUGUUCCUUAAAAAUAUAGCCUUAUGUCCUUUACAAAAAGACAAAAUAAUAAAACAAAAUGUGUAGGCCCUUUGAAGGGCCGCCUGACCAGCCAAACGAUUGUCGAUCUCUAUUUUGCAGCCAGUUCUGUCACUUUGCCACAUUGCCUCUCCCUGCAGUUAUUUUCUUUAUUAUGCCUGCUACUUCUAUGCCUGGUUCAGAUAUAAACGGAUGCUGACUUUAGAAUGUGACAGAAGAUAAGAACCGUUUGGCCAAUCUAGUCUGCCCAAUUUUCUAAAUACUUUCAUUAGUUCCUGGCCUUAUCUUAAGUCUAGUAUAGCCUUAUGCCUAUCCCACACAUGCUUAAACUGCCUCUCUGUGUUAACCACUACCAUUUCAGCUGGAAGGGUAUUCCACGCGUUCACUACCCUCUUUGUCAAGUAAUACAUCCUGAAAUUAUAUUAAAACCUUUGCCUCUCUAAUUUAAGACUACGUUCUCUUGUUGUGGUAGUUUUUCUUCUUUUCAGUAUAGUCUCCUCCUUUACUGUGUCGAUUCCCUUUAUGUAUUUAAAUGUUUCUAUCAUAAUCCCCCUCUCUUGUCUUUCCUCCAAGCUAUACAUGUUAAGAUCCUUCAACCUUUCCUGGUAAGUUGUAUCCUGCAAUCCAUGAAGCAGUUUAGUAGCCCUUCUCUGAACUCAUUCCAAAGUAUCAAUAUCCUUCUGGAGAUACGGUCUCCAGUACUGCGUACAAUACUCCAAGUGAGGUCUCAUUAGUGUUCUUUACAAUGGCAUGAGCACUUCCCUCUUUCUACUGCUAAUACCUCUCCCUUUAUAACCAAUCAUUCACUGCUGCUCUAUCACAUUGUCUGCCUACCUUUAAGUUAUCCGAAAUUAUUAUUCCUAAAUAUCUUUCCUCGGAUAUUGAGGUUAGUACUGUAUGAAAUAUUGUUUUUUUUUUUCUGCCCUUGGGUUUUUACGCCCAAUAUGCAUAAUCUUGCAUUGUCCACAUUAAAUGUCAGUUGCCACAGCUCUAACCAUUUUUCAAGUUUACCUAAAUCAUUUGCCAUUUGUCUUAUCCCUCCUGGAACAUCAACCUUGUUGCAAUUCUUAGAAUCAUCAGCCAAUCGAUAUCUCAUACCACCAAGACCUUCUGCAAUAUCACUAAUAAUAUUAAAGAGAAUAGGUCCAAGUACAGAACCCUGGUGUGCCCCACUGGUAACUAUUCCUUUCUUAGAAUAUACUCUAUUGACUACAUACCUCUUUGCCUAUCACUCAGCCACUGCCUAACCCAUUCAACAGUAUUGGAAUCCAAACUUAAAGAUUGUAGUUUAUUGAUGAGCCUUCUAUGUGCAACAGUGCCAAAAGCCUUACUGAAAUCUAGGUAAGCAAUGUCUACUGCACCACCUUGAUCUAUUACUUUAGUUACCCAGUCAAAAAAUCAAUACGAUUAGUUUGGCAUGAUCUCCCUGAAGUAAACCCAUGUCUCUGAUCUUGAAAUCCAUGUGAUUUUUAGAUGUUCAACAAUCCUAUCCAUUAACAUGGUUUCCAUUACUUUCCCCACUACUGAAGUAAGGCUUACUGGCCUAUAAUUGCCCAACUCCUCCCUACUACCUUUCUUGUAAACGGGCAUAACAUUCGCUAAUUUCCUAUAUUCUGGGACUAGUCAUGUUAACAAUGAUUGGUUAAAAAGCUAUCUUAAUAACUUUAGGUGUAUCCAAUCAGACCUCAUCAACUUAUGUCUUUAUACAGUCAGGUACACCAAGAAUAAAGAGCUCCUAUAAAAGAGAUAUACAGAGAGAUUUGGAACCAAAAUAGCCAUACUAUAUAGGGACAAAAGGGGGGUAGGCUAAUUUUCUUGCUAAACUGGACUGUACUGGAUCGUUAUGUCCUUUGGUAAAUGUUUAAUAUCAAUGUAAAAGAAAACCAAACAUCUUGUGGAAAAAAAGCUUAGCUGAUUUUUAAUGUUUUAUUCAGUGGUAUAACGUUUAGAGAGAGAGAGAGAUUUUUUUUUUUACUAACUUUAUUUUUGCAUAUAUUUUGAAGAAAAAAAAAAGUCUUCUUACCAUAAGUUACUGUUUAGUGAAUAAACACCUUUGGCUUACUACAUGUCUAUGUGGGGUUAUUUGUUUCCUCUACUGAACUUGGAGCUUCUCCAAACCCAUAACUAUAAUGGCAUUCCCUUGACCUCUUCUUCCAGCUGCUUGGUUGUUGUGGAUGAUUUCAUUGUUUUAGCUUUGUUUUUGCAAUUGGAAUUCGUGUCUGAAAAGAGGAUAGAAUAGUAGGUCUCAUUGCAAUAUAAUUUUUUCCCCAAAACAGUCCCAUGACAGAAUCAAAUAUAGGUAGACUCUCCUCGCUCAGCCAAUGCAUCACAAAGUAUUGAACAGUUUAAAAGAUGUUUCUCCCACCCAACUUACCACAGUAGUUUAAUUCACCAAAUAGUGAAUGUUAUGCUACAAUGGAGAUUUACUAUAAAUGUAGACACAUAUUUUAUAUUCCUAGUUCUUACAAAUGGGUAAAAAAGCAAAGAAAUAUUAUAAAGUAACAGGGACCUAAUAAACCGUAAAAACUAUUCAAUAUCUUUUGUCCAAAACUGGACUUAAGCUUUGAUAUAUAAACUCUAGUAAGAGGUGAAAGUGGUGACUUUGGCCAGAGUAGUUGCUCCACUAAUACUCUCAAGAAGAGGCCAAGUGUCAACUGCCAGGUCAAGCAGUGAUCUUUAUUGUGACGCUAGCCUUAUUGUCUUAUGCUUUUGGUAUGACUGAAUUAUGACCAUAACAAACUUCUUACUUAGUGGCCAAAUGGGAGUUGAGCACUACUUGAAAAUGGCAGGCAGGACAAUUUCAGGCAGAUUUCUUUCAACCCUGCAUUGCUGAAACUAAAAAAAAAAAUGUUAAUCCUAAUUUUGUGAUGGCCAUCGUCGAUCGUUCUCCAAAGAUGGCAUGCAACGAAAAACAAUUGCACAACCCACUGUAAAGCUGAAAGGCAACACCACCUUAUAAUGAAAUUGUGGAUCAUUGCAAAAUACCUUGUUGGCUUAGGAGAAUAGGAGUGGCUAAUAACUUCCAAUUCUUGCUGUUCACUGACCCAAAAAGUCACCAGAAACAGAGUCUUCAGAGUUCAGAGGUGGACUAAAAACUCAUCCAGUAAAUGUGAGCAACAGUCAAACCUACAAGACCAAGAGACCUACAAAGGAGAGUAGAGAGAUUUUACAGGGGUCUGGUCUUUAGAAUAGUACAUAAACCAACAUUGAGUCCAGUGUUUUCAGGAAGAUAGUAAAUGCCAAGUAUUGCAAAAACCUGCAUUUGUCAUGCACCAUGGCCUUGAUCUUGUGUAAUUCAGCAUGUAUACAUUUCAAGGCCGCUUGAAGCGAAGUAGGAUAGAAUUAAAAAUAUAUGCCAUACCAUUACAUUAACUUUGGUAAAGUUCUGAACCAUUAUUCAUGCUGAUUCCUGUCAUGAUUCCGUGCACUCUCCUGAUGUCUUGACUAAUGCUGGAUGCUGCUACUCUAUUUCCUUUUCUUGGUUCAGUAGUGCACAUCAGUUGCUGAAUGAAUGUUAUACCGUGUCACAUGUUUGCAAACACCUAUAUACAUUAAGAGCGCCCAAAACGGUUUCAGACCAAUGGUAAUGUGUUAAUGUCCUUUUAAAUAAAACCAUUUCUUAGACAAGGCCUCCAUCCUUCGUACCGUCAAGCUCAAUUUCCUGGAAAGGAAACGAGGGCUAACCUAAAAGAAGACGGCUAACUAUACGGUAGCAGAAAUGUGUGGUGCAACUUGUUGCCAAGUCUAAGAUUAAAAAAGACAACUGUACAAGAAGGUGCCAGGGUACUAUAUACUGGUUACAAAAUAUCCUUAAACAGUUACUACAAAUAUAAUAUCUUCAUAGUCUCUUUUCACUAACAGAUAUUCUUUAUUCACUGAUACUUUAGUUUCCCUUGGUCAUGAUUCUAAUGCCUCCAACUCAGUGUGCCCUACUUUAACCUAUGUGCCUUUCAAAGUUGAAACAUCUGGAAUAUUAAUUUUCUUUAUUAUUUAAAUUUUUAUUUAAGACGCCAGUUGAAUUGGUGGUACCAGGAGGGCGAAAGAGUUGUUUAUAUUCACUACAUGUUUUCCACAGACUCCUUCAUUCUGCCUGGUGCUCUUUCACAAGCCAUAUCAAAGUCACGUGUUGCCUUUACCCAACAGUCGCAAUGACUUCAAUGUGAGCCAACAAUUUAUCCCACUAGAUGUAAAUAAUACAAUCCCUUCUUUGUCUAAUGUAUAUCUUUGGAUUGUGUUUAAAUGUGAUUUAAAAUAAAACUCAAUAGUUUAUUUUCCAUAAAAAUUCUGUCUAAAUGAAAGUACCAGAAGUGACGGUCCACAUUAAAAACUGCUGUGAUGCACAAUGUUGGCAGGGAAUUACAUUUUGUAAUUUUUGAUUUUAUGCAUUAUGUAAGUUCUUUACAUCCGUGUUUUUCUUUUAUCCUAUGCGGCUCGUGUACUUUGUUCCAGGUGUGACUUUUGUAAAACAUGCUUAUCUCUCCCCCCCUCCCCCUGUAGAGGUCAAAUUAUAAAUAGUAUGUGGCAUUUGCGUUUGUCCCCAGCUGUUUAUUAUACAUAAACCUUUUAUGUUUUGAAUAGUGUUUUGUCUUGUAUUAAUCACACAUUUUCCUUUAUACUCUUGACUGAAAGAGGGUAAACUGAAAAAUCAGCCCACAUAACCACAAAACUACAGUUAUUUCUUUAAUCCAUGCUGUAUUACACCACAGCAGGAAUAUGCAUUAAGCAUUCCAUAUGAAAUAGGAUGAAACAUAAUAGCAUUAGCAGCUUUGCCCUUUUGCAUAUGGCUUCUCCCAGUACUUGGAUGCAGUGGAAACAAACCUUGCAUAUCACAAUAUCACAAUACCGCAAUUUAGCUCUGAAUGUUUUUAUGCAGUGGAAAAAAAUCAUUGAGCAUUCCCUGUGGCUACUAAUUCUGGUUCAGCUUGCUCAAAUCAGUGUAAACCUAUCUUAGGCUCCACCUGUGCCCCUUAUUGUGACACUGCAGUGUUUCUGCAGUCAAUAUAAACCUUGCACUUAACCUGCUCCUCUAUUAAUAGCACUGCAUGAGGAUACAAUCCUCACCCUUUGCUGUGACUCUACAAAUUGGAUAAAUAUGUAUGCAUGUUACUAUAUUUUACCUUUUAAUAUGGCCUUCUAUAAACAAGUUGUGCACUCCAACAUGUUCUCAAAUUGGGAUCUUGAGGAUUUAUGCUUUUUCAUUUGCCAGGGCUGGAUUUCCACUUGCCAAUGGCUAGCUUUGGCCAGGAUUUGUGAUUAAGUGGCUACUAAAAAAGACUGGACAUUUUGAAUACCCUGGAUUCUCCAUUUUGUUUCAGAUUGUACGCCAUGGGGAUAAUUUAUAUUCCUAGGCUUCCAUACGGUCUCAAAUGCAACAUAGGCCCAGCAAACCAAUCUGGCAAAUUUCAAUGUCCUAUAUUUGACACUGUAACUUUCCAAAACACCAUAAAACCUUUACAUGGGAUGCAUCGUUGUAUAUGUGGGAUGUCACAGCAUCCAUAUAUGUGUGUUUUAUUGUAGUAAAAUGUAACAGUAAUAUAUUAAAAUGUCAUGCAGAAAUUGGAAAAUAACAUUUAAAUUUCUGACACUUUUUUAUUUUUUUAUUUUUAUAUAAUGUCUCAUUUAAAAAAAAUAAAAAAUUUACUAGGAAGGAUACAUUGAGAUUUCUCUUGUUUUAAAUAUUUUAUGUGAAAUUAAAGCCCUAUUUGUCCUGAACAAAAUUACAUACAAAAAAUGUGGGUUCAUGUAACAUGAAAUAAGUCAAUUAUGGUUGAACAAACAUAUAGCUCAAAUUCUAGGUUUUGUUUUGGUUCAGAACUUGGACAGUUGCCUCUGUCCUUAAGAGAUUAAGCACAUAUACCGAGAAUAGAACAGGGUAGGUAGAACAGUCAGAAACAUACCUCAUUGACCUGGUUGGCAUUAAGUAAUGCUUUUGUCAAUUGUCCAAGAGUUCUUCCACAUUGUAGAGUGGUGCAGGAUAGCUCGUGGUAUAAAGAACUUAUUAAACAUGCAAAAAGUAGUGACUAUAGAAAUUUCCUCUGCUCUUUGUAAGUGUCUUAGAAAGCGUCAAUUUACAGCACUUCAUGAAGCUGAACAUGGUGUUUUGACCUGGAAAGCAUUAGUGUUUGUUAUAAUUAAAAUAUUGUAUAUUGGGAACAAUGUAGGUUGUGGUUGUAGAACUGUUGUGUAAAAUAACAUCUUUGGGGGAGGAGGGGGAAUUGAUUUUGAAGGCCUUGGAUAUUGUUUCUUCUCCCUAUUUUAUUCUACAUUGUGGUCAUGUCUAGGAUGCAUACGGGGACAAAUGGUAAACGUUCAGUUAAGUAUUUGUCUCAUUGUUCAAAGGAGUCGACUCUGUCUCAUUGUUCAAAGGAAUAGACUUGUUGCUGCAUGCCCUGUCUGAGUACUUUAAUUUUCUUCUAAGGGCAUCCAUCAAGAGAACAUUUCAGAUUAUGUUUUGGUUGUAGUAGGGAACAAUGCUAGGGAAUAUUUGAGGGAGCUUGUGGUGGUACCAGGAGUCAGAAUCCCAUAGUGAUGUCAUGGUACGGCACAAGCUUAGAGACUGGCAUACAAUUAUAUCCUGUGAUAAGUCCUUGUCUGAUGAGGUAAUGAGGUGAUUGCUGUAGUGGUAGAUUUUGAUGAAUUCCCAUUGACAAAGAGUUUGGAAUUGAUUCAGGAGUCUUUUAUAUGCACUGUCUUGUUAAAAUUGUGCGACUUUUAUGUGGUUAACAGAAUCCUGCACACUCACUAAACACCAGCUUCAAAGUUCACAAAACUUGAUAGUUUAAAAAACCACGAAAAUGCCUGACGUAGGUAGGCAAAGAUAAUGGGUUUAGUUACAGUAUAUUAUCAUACAUUGCAUAAGCAUGCAACAACAGCAAUGUACUCAAUUGUGGCAGGUUCUAUUCUAGCAACCUAAUGCCUACUCUUAUGAAAAUACUUGAUAAAUUCUUCCUCCUGGGACUCUCUGCAGUGCAAGGUUAAAUAGAGCCCUGGAAUACAGCAUGUGUGACCCCCCCUUCACACACACUUAUAUUAUGUGCACUUUCUGCUUGACCUGCUGUUGUUUUUAUUUCACCAGUUGUAGGUCAGCUUUUUAGCUUUCGGUUUAUGGAUGGUGGUGUUCAGGGGCUGACUAACCACUCUGGCACAUUGGUCAUGGACCGAAGGCCCGAGACAGCCAGGGGCCUGGCUGCACAGCCAUGCUCUAGCUGGAGAGAUCAGUUUAGAGAUCUCUCCAACUGGAAAGGCAAAUGUUUAAAAUAAAUCUCUUGUAUAGAUAGGAUGUGGGGCCCCAAAGAACGUGCAGGGCCCCAGCAACCUACUGCACUGCAGAUCACCUCUCCCCCCACCCUCAAAGGACACCUGCCCUCUCGCUCUCUCCACCAGAUCUCCUUCUUCCUAUACCAUGCGGCUCUCUGUGUGAUGGGAGAGGCAGGGCUAGAAAAUGACAUCACUUCCUGUACUCUCCUCUCACACAGAGCCCUCUCACAGCCAGCAAGGGGAAGGAGCAGCAGCCUGUCAGAGACUACGAGGAACAUGAUAGAAGUAGGGAAUAAGAAGGGGAAGAUGGGGAGAGACCGCAGGGAGCAGAGUGAGGUAGGAAAUAAAAAGGGGAAGAUGGGGAGAGACCACAGGGAGCAGAGAGGGGUAGGAAAAAAAAAGGGGGAGAUGGGGAGAGACUGCAUGGAGCAGAGAGAGGUAGGAAAUAAAAAGGGGGAGAUGGGGAGAGACUGCAGGGAGCAGAGAGAGGUAGGAAAUAAAAAGGGGGAGAUGGGGAGAGAGCACAUGGAGCAGAGAGAGGUAGGAUUUAAAAAGGGGAAGAUGGGGAAGGAAAAGUUAAUGAAAGGAAUAGAAACAUAGAGGAGAGACGAGGAGUGUCAUAGAAAUAUAACAAUGUAAGAAACAUGUCAUGGAAGAGAUGUAGGGAGAAAAUCAUUGUAAGAGGAUUAUAUGGAGACAGCAAUGGAAAAAAUAAAUUAAGAUGAUUGAAAAGUAUGGGGAAAGGGAAAUAGGGGCUGCUGGAAAGACAGGGGUGGAGAGUUACGGGAUUAAGGCUGCUGGUAAUGUGAAAUAUGUAAUGAUGGGGCUGUACAGAAUGUUAGUUUGUGUGUGUAUGGGUCAGAGUUUGUGUUUGUGGAUACGUGUAUCAGUUAUUGUGUCAGAAUGACUGUGUGUAGGUCAUUGAUUGUGUCAGAAUGACAGUGUGUGGGUCAUUGAUUGUGUCAGAAUGACAGUGUGUGGGUCAUUGAUUGUGUCAGAAUGACAGUGUGUAGGUCAGUGAUUGUGUCAGGAUGACAGUGUGUGGGUCAGUGAUUGUGUCAGGAUGACAAUGUGUGGGUCAUUGUGUCAGAAUGACAGUGUGUGGGUCAGUGAUUGUGAGCGUCAUUAAUUGUGUGAGAAUAACUGUGUGGGUCAGUGAUUGUGUGUUCCAGUGUGUAUGCCAAAGAAAGUCAGUGUGUAGUUGGAUAGCGACAAGGUUUGAUUAAACAAUUUAUACUUAAAUUUUUUGAUAGUAUUAUGCAUAUAUAGAAAUGUAUAUUAACAUGUAUAUUAUAUUAAUAUUUACUUGUGCAUUUAUUACAAGCCUUGUUUAUAUUGUUAUAUUUAAAACACUCAAAUUGUAGAGAAUAAAAGCCUGAAUCGCAUUACUUUUAAAAAUACAGCCCUCCCACCAUCACCACCUUUCCCUCUCCCCAACCCCCCCCCUUUUUUUUUUUUAUUCCACGCCCCUGCACAUGCAGUCACACACCAAUACUCAUUACACAUAUGCAUUCACAUUUACACUAGAUACAAAAAAAGCACAUGUAGUCAUCCAUACAUGCAUUCACACAGACUCAAAUACAAACAUGCAUUGAUACACAGGUCUUCACACUGUACACAUCCAAAGGAAUGCCGUAUUAAAUGAGUUAUAUUUAACAUUUAUUUUAAUGCACAUAUAUUUAGCCUCCAAAGGGCCUGCAAUCUGAUUUUGGCCGGGGGCCCCAAAGGCUCUUAGUCCAUCCCUGGUGGUAUUUGAGGUAUCAACUAUGUACCCACUUCAUUAUCUGUUUUAACUAAUUAAUAUGAAUUGAAAGCAACUGAUGCAAGUUGUUAUAGUAUGUUAUACAAUCUCCAGAGGUGAUUAACCCUCAGGAGAUUUCAGCACAUCAGAUGCAAUUCUUUAAAAAGGUCAACUUAAUCACAUUGGCUGUGAACAAGCCACUAGACAUUGUAAUUAAACAUAUGGGGUUUAAACACAUGUGUUUUCCACAAGCAAUUAGAGAUAUUAAUUAAACAAAGAAAGGCUGAAGGUGACUUUAUCAGAAUGGUGUGGUAAACUAAUGAAAAUAAUAGAAUUAUUGGGGGGAAAUAGUUAAUCAGUUAUGGUUAGAAUUUUGUAACUUGAAUGUUUAUAUGUAAAUUCAAAUGUAUGUAGCAGGAUAUAACACCAUUGCUGAUAGUGAUUUAAUGAAAUCACCUUCUAGCAGCCUGAAUGUACCACUUACCAAGUAAGUGGUAGUAGAUUAUCUUCAACAAAAUUAAAAAUUAAAAUGUGGAACUCAGGGCUCUUGGCCCUCUUUAAUGCCUAUUUAUAAUUUUAAAAUGCACUACUGAAGUUGCACAACUAAAAUAAAUGCAGCGACUAUGCAAAUAUUUAUUUUUAAGGGGAGAGCACUGAUUGGCUUACACCACAACCAUUUACUGUUUGAUGCUGAGGUUGCCGCAGUCUGAGGAUAGCCAGUCAUUACUGGUAUAUUUAAAAUUGUAGCCAGAUCUUUCCUAGAAUAACUCUUUAGCAGUUUAACCCCUUAAGACCGCAGGGCGUUCUAUGCCGUCCCUAUUUUGAUGGCUGUUAACGCCGCAGGGCGGCAUAGAACGCCCUGCGAUCUUAUGUACUUACCCGAUCGCAGUAUGGGGACUUACCUGGGAGCCCAGGGAGUCCCCCCUCCGUCCUCUUCGGACCCCCCAUGGGCCAUGUGAUCGCAAGGUCCUUGCGAGGACUUCUCGAUCACAUGGACGGCAUAGCCGUCCACAGCAAUGCCAGCAGGGGGAGUGCCUGUAAUGACAGGUACUCCCCCUACUGUCUGAAAAUGAAAUAAAAUAAGUUAAAACAGUGUCAAAAUAAAGAAUAUAUACUUAGAUCAUAUAUAUAUUUAUUAUUUAUAUGAUCUAAGUGUAUAUAUACACAUACACUGUCUAAGUGUAUUUUAAUAUUAAUAUAUACAUAAUUAUAUAUAUAUUAAUAUCAAAAUACACGUACAAUGAUAUUGAUUAAAUAUAUAUAUAAUUUUCAUUAUAUAUAUAUAUUUAUAUAUAAUACAAAAUAAAUAUGUAAUACGUUAAAAAACAAAAUAUAAAAAAUAAAUAGAUAUCAAAAUACAUGUAGAAAGAAAUCAUAUAUAUAUAGCUAUAUACAUAAGUAUAUACGUAUAUAUCACUAUUAGUGAUGUCCCGAGCGGUUCGCCGAACGGUUCGCAGUCAGCAGACACAUUCCAGCCAAUCAGCAGCAGACCCUCCCUCCCAGACCCUCCCACCUCCUGGACAGCUCAUUAAGAAUGCAGCUUGACAAAGAAUGUAAAAUGGAUGCUGUCCAGGAGGUGGGAGGGUCUACUGCUGAUUGGCUGGAAUGUGUCUGCUGACUGUGAGGCACAGGGUCAAAGUUUACUCAAUGAUGAGUUUGCGGCGAACCGUUCGGGACAUCACUAAUCACUAUAUAUACACCUAUAUAUAAAUAAAAAUAAUUUUACUUUUUUUUUAUAUAUGUACACACACAUACACAUGUGUGUUUGUGUAUGUAUGUGUGUAUAUAUAUAUAUAUAUAUAUAUAUAUAUAAAAUAAUAAUUCUACAUAUAUAUUAAUGUAAUAAUUUUACAUAAUUAGGUCAUUUUAUUAAAGGGACACUAUAGUCACCAGUGCAACUACAUGUAUUCCUGACCCUAUAGUGUUAACACCAUCAUCUAGCCCCCCUGGGCCCCUCAUGCCUCCAUAAAUAUAGCAACAUCUUACUACUGUAUUCAAGCCAGAAACUGUAACUCUGCAUGCUGUUUGCCUAAAAAAAAAAAACAGUCUGCUGACAUCAUCAGAAGUUGUAGCCUGAUCCAUUCACAAUGCUUCACCAUAGGAUUGGCUGAGACUGACAAGGAGGCAGAUCAUGGGCAGAGCCAGCAUGGUUCAAACACAGUCCUGGCCAAUCAGUAUCUCCUCAUAGAGAUUAACUGAAUCAAUGAAUCUCUAUGAGGAAAGUUCAGUGUCUGCAUGCAGUGGGAGGAGAUACUGAAUCACAGGAUGCUCAUGCACAGCAGAUCUGAGUGGAUGGAGGCAUAUUAUGCCUCCAUCAACUCCGAAGUCCCUCUGGUUCACUGUGAGUGACUGCAACUGGACAUGUUCCCAGCUUUCAAUGUAAACACUGUAUUUUCUCAGAAAAUACAGUGUUUACAUGAGAGAGGCUGCAGGGAGCUAUAGUUCUCACCUGAACAACCUCAUUAAGCUGGAGUUUUUCAGGUGACUAUAGUGUCCCUUUAAUUACAAUUUGCAGGACCUGCCUGACAACCCAUGCCGAAAGUUCAGGGAAUGUAAUUUGCUAGAACUAUAUUUAACCCUGUAACUUUCCAAGACUCCAUAAAACCUGUCCAUGGGGGGUACUGUUUUACUCAGAAGACUUUGCUGAACACAAAUAUUAGUCAAACAGUCAAAUGUAAUACAACGACGAUAUCGUCAAUGACAGUGAAAUUUUUUCCAUUUUUCACACACAAAUGGCACUUACACUGACGAUAUAAUUGUUGUGAUACAUUUUACUGUUUUGAAACACUAAUAUUUGUGUUCAGCGAAGUCUACCGAGUAUAACAAUACCCCUCAUGUACAGGUUUUAUGGUGUUUUCAAAAGUUACAGAGUCAAAUAUAAGGCUUGCGUUUUUUCACAUUAAAAUUCGCCAGGUUGGUUAUGUUGCCUUUGAGACCGUACAGUAGCCCAGGAAUGAAAAUUACCCCCAUGAUGGCAUACCAUUUGCAAUAGUAGACAACCUAUGGUAUUGCAAAUGGGGUAUGUUCAGUCUUUUUUAGUAGCCACUUAGUCACAAACACUGGCCAAAAUUGGCGUUCAAAUUUGUUUUUUGCAUUUUAAAAUAUUAACACUAACUUUGGCCAGUGUUUGUGACCAAGUGGCUACUAAAAAAGAGAGUAUUUUGACAUUCACAGUUAAAAUGUCACAUAUAACUAAGAAAAUUUUAAAAAAUCUUAUUUUCUCCCAUUUGUUUUUUAUAUUUUAUUCAUAUUAAAUUAUGUUCCAUACCUAAAUAUUUGAUGUUAAAUAAAAGCCCUGUUUCCCCUGAAUAAAAUGAAAUAUAAUAAGUGUGGAUGCAUUUAAUUUGAAAGAGGUGAAUUACGGUUGAACAGACAUAUAGCGCAAAUGCCAGGUUUUGUUUACGUUUUGUUUUGAUCACAACUUGUACAUUUGGCUGCGGUCUUAUGGGGUUAACAGAAUUAAGCUCUAUUUUAAAACUUGUCUUCUCGCUCACAGAUUUAUUUACUCUGGGUUGCCAGUACAAGUUUAACAUGUAAUUUUGAAUAACAUGUUACUUCUUUAGUGCAACUGCACACAUUGCUUGUACAGGUCAUGCACAAGGGAGUAUGCAUUACAAACAGGUAUAUAUAUUACUCUGCUAUUGGUUCACAGAGAGGGAAGAAUACGUGUUGUUUUGUUUUUCUCAUGUGUCCGUCUUGUGUGCCAUUAGAUUAGGAUAAACAAUUAUUUUCCAAAACUUAAAAAAAAAAAAAAACAGUAGUAUCGUUGGCAAUAACUGCAACUGUGAAGUAAUAUUAAGCUACAGAAGCCACUCUACAUAGGAAGCAAAUGGCAAGGUUGUGUAUUGGCCUUGGUUUGUGUCCUCAAGAAUCUACUGUGAUUUUGCACACUAUAAAUAGCUUUACUUGGAUAACCAAUUUAUUUUAUUAGAUAUUGUAUGUAUUUACAUUUAACAAUUCUUAAUUUAGUUCUUACUUUAGUUUUGUGUGAGCUCCCAGUGGUAUUUACAAGAAAUGCACAUGGAUAACACUACAUAUAGCUGUGAUUAUGCAAAGGUAAAAUUUACAGAGCAAAUGUUGUUUUAGACACAAAUAUGAUUUGCAUUCAAAGGAAGACAUUUUCAUUUUGAGUUUCUACACCUGCCUAAUAACACAUUUUUGUUUUCUUUUUUAAAUAAUGUGUAUACAGCAUAAACAGUCAUUCAGUUGAUGUUAAGAGUUGAUAGAUUACUUAUGUUUAGAGCAUACCAUACUCCGCUUUUUACAGAACUCUACCUUUGUCAGCAAAAACACUUAAAGGGACACUAUACUCACCAGAACAACUACAGCAUAUUGUAUUUUUUUCUGGUGAGUAGAAUCAUUCACUUCAGGCUUUUUGAAGUAUAACACUGUAUUUUCAGAGAAAAUGCAGUGUUUUCAUUACAGCCUAAGGAUGCCUCCACUCGUCACUCCUCAGAUGGCUACUAGAGGUGCUUCCUGGGGCAGUGCUGCCUAGUGUGCAGCACUGCCAUUCAAUGUCUCCACCUUCUGCGUGCUGACACUGAACUUUCCUCCUAGACAUUCUUUGAUUCACUUAAUCUCUAUGAGGAGAUGCUGAUUGGAGAGAGCUGUGUUUGGCUUGUGCUGGCUCUGUCCCUGAUCUGCUUCCUUGACAAUCUAAUGCUUGCCUAUGGGAAAGUAUUGUGAUUGGCUCAGAACACCACUUUUGUCAGCCAAGGAGACAGAUCAGGGGCAGAGCCAGCAGCAGCAGACUGGAGUAAAGGUAAGAAUUUGCCAAAUUUAGAGGGGCCAGGGGGGCUCGAUGGUGGUUUUAAUACUAUAGGGUCCAGAAUAUGUUUGUGUUCAUGACCCUAUGGUGUUCGCUUAAUAAUUCCAGCUCACUUUCAUAGUCUGCCGAGUGUAGUAGAUAUGUAAAGAUCAUCUUGUAAUGUAAUAUGUUAGGUUAAAGUAUUGUUAACUGAUACUACUUAUAUAGCAGCAAAUAUUGUUUUAUAUAGAAGUGUAAUAUAGUGGCAAUUUAAGGUUUUAUUUUAGCAGUGUGUUUUAAAUUCUUUCCAUUUAUAUAUAAUAUAUAUUAUGUUUUAUGUUUCUCUAUUUCAAUGUUAUCCUCUGUUAAAUGCACACUGACGGGGGGCGUGGUCUGACCAAGGAGCGAGCAUAGAUAGUUACAUAGUUACAUAGCUGAAAAGAGACUUGCGUCCUUCAAGUUCAGUCUUCCUCACAUUUGUUUUUUGCUGUUGAUCCAAAAGCGGAGAUGUGCUCGAGUGAAGCUCCGCUCUGUAACCGCCACCAUAAGCUAGAAAAAGCUAUAAAACUAGCCAAAAACAAGCGUAACUUGCCUACAUGGAUAAAAAAAGCACCAAAAAUAUCCUCCAAGAAUGGCCUGGACCCGUGGUCAACAGUUGCCGUCCUGUUCGCGGCCUCUCAGGCCUUACCACCCGCUCUGCAAGAUUGGGGCCACUCGGAAUCGCCUACAAAGUCUGCACCGCCGCAAGGGUGCCGGGUGCUCUGCCGGAGCCUGAUGCGGCUCGGAUUCUGUCCACCCUAGCUGAGGUGAAAACGUACCUUGCUAGCGAGAUCACCAGGUCCACCAGUGUGUUUCAAGGCAAGAUCCAAGCGCUGGGCAUACGGGCGGCCAGAUUGGAACGGCGAUUGGAGUCCACGAUGGAGGCACAUAAUAAGGCGGCUGCCCGGAUUAACUCCCUCACGGCCCGGGUCCUGGCAAAAAAAACUGGCAAUUGAGGAUAUGGGCAAUCACUCACGACGCAACAAUGUGCAUCUCAGGUUACUCCCUGAACGCGCCGGUGAGGAUCCUCUAGCGGAACUAGUGGUGAGCACCUUCAAACCACUGCUCCCUGAGAUUCCGGACCACUUGUGGCAUGUGGAGCAGGCGCACAGAGCACUGCUGGCCAGGAGGCUGGAUCAGAAUGUCCCAAGUUCAUACGUUCAUACGCUUUCACAGAGCGCCCUAUUACGUACCAAGGCGACUCCUUCUCGCUGUACUACCGGUCUCCACUAACCCUGCAGAAGAGACGGGAGUGGAGGCCAAUCACGGAGGUCCUUCGGUUGGCUAAUGUCCGGUACGCAUCUUUUUACCCUCCUCGUUUUCAAAGAUGGCUGCCCGCUCGUACUGCAGCCAAGAGGGGAUGCGGUUGUCUGGGUGCUCUGGGGCUCCAGGCACCUUGCAACCUGCCACCCACAACGGGAGAACCUGCAGACCUGCCGCAGAAUGGUUCCAGGCCGGCGAGUGAGAUCCUGUGCUGUGUGUCACGAUGGUGCUCUAUAUCCUGGCUCCUAGAGUCAAGCAUCAAGCAUCAUUACCAUUACAGUCCUUUGAAGGUGCGAGGACUAACCUCCUACAAUUCCCUAGCCUAGACACUCAUUCACUGUGCUCUCUCAGACAAUGAAUGACUGUCUGUGUAAAGAAUAUGCACGGAAUUGACAUUAACCAGUCCAGAACCCUCAUUCCGGGCUUGCUAAUGACGCUGGCGAAGAUGAAUUUACACCUCCAGCAGCAACGUUGGCUAUCACAGUACAGGGUCAUUGAAGUAGUCAUGUUGCUUGGAUUAACUUUUUAAUAGUACUUAAUGGAUGUUUCCGCUUUCCCUUUGGAAAAGAGGGUUAAAUAUUUACUCCAAGAACCAUGUCAUGUUGCCUUGAGUAUGUAUGUCAUAGGCGUGCGCACGGGGUGUGCCGGGUGUGCCUGGGCACACCCUAAUCCCGCGGCACGCCUAUGCAUAUUGAGACCGGCAGGGGAGAUCUCAGGAUCUCCCCUGUCGGCUCAUGCAGAGCCGGCGCUAUCCGAGCGCCGGCUCUGCUCUCAGCCUCCCUCCCCACUGACCCACAUGCAGGGAGGGAGGCAGGAGAGGACCAGGCGGAGCUAUUGCCGGCAGCUCCGCCGGGUUCCUCUCGCGAGAUAUGAGCGUUGCCGCGGCAACGCUCAAAUCUCGCGAGAGUGAACUCUAGCCCCACAGGGGGCUAGAGUUCACUCUCCACUGGACCGCCAGGGAUCACAGCAGCAAGGAUCCCCUCCUCCACUGGACCACCAGGGAAGGAAGCAGCAGCACGAUCCCCCCUCCCUACAAAAGGUAAGAAGGGAGGGGGGAUAGCAAAUAAUGUACCCCCACCUCCACCCCCACAAUCACCCACCCACACACAUACAACACACAGCACCACACAUUCAGCACCCACAGACAUACAGCACCCACACACAUUCAGCACCCACACACACAGCACCCACACAUACACAGCACCCACACACAUUCAGCACACACAGACAUACAGCACCCACACACAUUCAGCACCCACACACAUUCAGCACCCACACAGCACCCACACACAUACAGCACCCACAGACAUACACAGCACCCACAGACAUACACAGCACCCACAGACAUACACAGCACCCACAGACAUACACAGCACCCACAGACAUACACAGCACCCCCCACAGACAUACAGCACCCCCCACAGACAUAUACAGCACCCACAGACAUACACAGCACCCACAGACACACACAUCACCCACACACAUACAGCACCCACAGACAUACACAGCACACACAUACAGCACCCUCACAAACACACACAGCACCCUCACAGCACACUAACAGUACCCUCACAAACACAAACAGGACCCUAACAAACACACACACAGCACACUACCAGUACCCUCACACACAAACAGCACCCUCACACACAGUACAUUAACAGCACCCUCACAAGCGCACACACACACACAAACAGCACCCUCACACACAGUACAUUAACAGCAUCCUCACAAGCACGCACACACAAACACCCUCACCCACAUAGCACACUACCAGCAUCGUCACACACACAUCACACUAACAGCACCCUCACACAGCACACACACACACACAUAGCAGUGUGUGUAUGUGUGUAUAUAUGUGUAUGUAUAUACAUACAUACAUAUAUAUAUGCGGCGUGUGCUUGUGCUUUAGGGUGCACACCCUAAUGCAAUAGGCUGCGCACGCCUAUGAUGUAUGUGCAGUCUUUCACUGACAGGAUUGUUUACUAAAGUGAGAAUUCAAAAUUUUAGGCUAAAGGUCAUGCAUAACUGACUUAGAGAAUUUGUCAAAUUUGGCUAUUUUUGUCUUAAAUUGAAAUUCACUUUGGAUUCCCACAGAGCUAAAGCCCUAUUGCCAGUAGUAUAACUUCACAUCUAGCAGUUAUUAGCCAUCAAUAGUCCCCUUGUCUGUAGCCUGUUAUGACUAUGGGGAAGGACAUACUGUAAGUCUAACAUGCAUAUUAGUGUCCUCUUUUUAUCUCAUAUCUACUUGAUGAGUGUUUGUAUCUCUGUGAAUCCUUACUUUGUUUGUUUGUUUUUGUUGCUUUGUUAUAAACUAAAUAAUGCAUGAAAAAGGAGUAGGACUCCAACCUGUAGUGUCCCUUUAAGUAAACAGUGCAACCUACACACACAAAAAUAUUCAUGCAGUUGAAUACUGUUCACUGAAUCUUGUCUGAAACAAACUGAGUGCUUCCUCUUCUUGCAUCUGUUACUUCUCUGAACUGUGGCAUGACAAUGGUGGCAUCACAUCCCAAAACCAGUUAUUGAUGUAAUUCUUAAAAUUCAUAAGCACACGUGUACAUCAAGCUAUAAGCUGCCCAUCAAAAUAGCUUGAAUAUCUUUUCAGCAUAUGGGAUUCAGAGAAAUUGCUUUAAAGCAACAACUCACCCUUUCUAUCAAGCUCUAUUUGUAUUUUCUUCCCUACUUUAUUUCCAGAAGAUAUUGUAAAUGUGUCAGGAUAAAGAUAGAUGAUCUCCAACCUGUAGGUGAUUGUUGUGUGCUGAUAUUAGGGUGAGCUACUGCAAGGAGGCUGACCAACAACAAGCAGACAUGGUUGUGCCUUUUGCCUUGCCUUUGUUAGAAACUAAAUGUUCAUGGAAAUUUCUUCUCUUUAUAAUAUAUUCUCUACAUCUGUAAAUAUUGUAGAGUACUUGACGUCUCUUUGAUAAUGAUCACCAUUUUCCCACUUAAUUGUUCAUUCACCAUAACUAGUUACAUUAUUAACCUCCCAGGUUUUUCCCUGAAUCCCUGUUGUGCCAUAUUGCUAUUCUCAAUGUCAGCUUCGCGUCAGUGUUGAUGAUCUCAGCUAAUCAAAUGCUUUGUCAUAGAUAAGCAAUGGGAUGCUAUUGCAUGCUUGAACAGUAAAGAGAACUGCGCCCAGACCACUUCAUUGAAAUAUAGUGAUCUGGGUGUCAGUGUCUAUAUAAGUGACAUAUUCAUAGAGAUUGCCAAUAUAAACAUUAGGCUGUUUGUGGGUGGGAGGAGUACUGUUGCGAUUCAGUUGAAAUAUGUGGCUUGAAUUCUCUAUCUCUCAUAAACAUUCCUUGUGUAUGUAUGAUUGUAGAAAAAGCUGUGGCUUCAGUUGAACUGUUUUUACUCCUAUGUGGGAAACCACAUACUCUAAGGUGGGGACGUUGUUGCCUGCCAAUCUAAUGUUGGCUUCAGGAAGUGGUCUCUGCAUGUUUUUAGUGAAACAUCACAAACGUGCUACCUUGUUGUAUCAGCUUCUUAGAAUCAUACUAAUUGUAUCACCUGUGCAGCACACAGCUUCUUUGAUAAUUUUAUAUUGCUUUAACUCAGGCUUUGGUCUUGUUGCUAUAUGAUAUUUGUAAAAAUGUAUUGUGCGUAGCUGCAAGAAGGACAUUUUUUUUACUUUUUUUUUUAUAGGAGCAAUGUAAUUAUGUAACCAGAGUAAAAGUUUAAUGAUCACACAUAUUGUGCGCGCGCGUGUGUGUGUGUAUAUUUAUAUAUAUAUAUAUAUAUAUAUAUAUAUCAUAUACUGGUGAUCAUUCCAGUAUACUUUGUUACUAUGUGAAUGUUACCACCUUACUUAAUAGUAGUUUUUUUUUCACUCCUCCUCUUUUGCAGGUCCCGACAGAUCAAAAUGAUACAACAGCAGAACUCUUAAUAGACGACUACAAAAAAAUGGGAACACUGUUUGGAGAACUCAAUAAGAUUCUGGUUGGAGCAGGUUUUUCUCGGAUGUACUUUGGUGAAAGGACUGUUGAACCGGUGCUUGUGUUGUUUUUUGCGGUCAUGCUGUGGUUCCUCGGUUUGCAAGCUCUAGGACUGGUAUCAAUACUAUGCCUUGUUAUUCUUCAUAUACAGAAAUAGAGCAAAGCACAUUAUUUUGCGUAAAUCUUUUGUUUUUAUGUAAAGUUAUUGUAUUUAAAAGAUGUAUUUGUUUUUAACAGAAAGGCACAAGCAAUAUUGUAACUGGUCCUCAAAUGCCAAUGCUAAACCCACUAUCCAGUAACAAAUUUACAUUUGGUGAAUGGACAAUUAAAUCUAUUUAAAAAAAAAAAAAAAAAGUUUAAAUAUAAGAGUGAAGACUUUGAUACUUUUUAUAUUCACUUAGCGUCCGGUAAUAAAUGUAUGCAAAAAAAAAAAGUAACCAAUUGUAAAACAGAAUUGCUGUUGGUGGCAUAUUUUUAUUGUGUUUUUUUUAUUCUGUUUAUUUUACAAGCCAAAUAACAGAUUAGUACCGAAACACCUGUUUCUCUGUCUGGUACAUAAUUUCCUGUGUGUGUAUACCUGGUCUUCCAUUACUAAAAUGAUUAUGCUGCGACAUGUCUCAUUAAUCACCUACCACAGCUUAACAGUAGUGCUAUAUGUUUAUUAAUUAUACAGCACCAUCAACAUAAAGUUUUCAAGGGGCUACUGCAUGCAUUUACUGCAAUUUCAGGUAUAGUAAUCUAAUACAAAAACUUCUUUAAAUGUACAAUAUAGUCACCAAAACAGCUUUAGCUUAACAAAGUAGUUUUUGGUGUAUAGAUCAUGCCUGCAGCUUCACUGCACAUUGCUUUGCAAUUUAGGAGUUAAAUCACUUUGUUUAUGCAGUCCUAGUUACACCUCCGUACAUGUGACUUACACAGCCUUCCAAAACACUUUCUGUAAAGAGUCAUCUAAUGUUUACACUUCCUUAUCUCCUGCUCAGUUAAUAGCUUGCCAAAGUCUGCAGGAGCAUCCUCUAUGUAAUUAAAAUCAAUUUACAGAGCAGGAGAAAAAACGUUUAUCGUAAAUAACGUCUGAUUGAAAAUGAAAGCAUUUUGUUUUCUUGCAGGCUGUGUUAGUCACAGCCAGGGGAGGUGUGGCUAUGACUGCAUCAACAGAAACAAAAGUGAUAUAACUCUCAAAUGGCAGUGAAACUUUAGAAACAUGUUCUAUCUAUGCACCAAAACUGCUUUAUUAAGCUAAAACAAUAGUACCUAUUUAAUGAAAAUUAGAAGGAUAAAAGGGUGAGUUUAGCCUACCUGGCCCAUUGUUGGUAUUGAAUGAAGAAAAGAGGAAAUAUUAAUUAAGCUGAAAUUCAGAAGUGUUAUAUAUUUUAAAAAAAGUGUCACUUGCAAAUUAAAAUCAGUAAGUACCUGCUCAGUUGUCUUCACAUUUUCCUCCUCUAAAUUUGAAGUUAUCUACGGCUUAGGCAACCACUGAUAAUUGUUCCUGAUAAUUGUUACUUCACUCCUUCACGUUGGAUAAGUAAACGUGAUUUUCAGGAACAACUUCAUCUGUGUCAGAGCCCGAUGUAGAAUGUAAUUAAUAAAUAUAGACACAUGGCUUAAUAUUUAAUUAAUCCAAGCAACAAAUGUUUAUGAGGACAAAUGUUUUUUUGCUGUUUCUUUUUUUCUUGGGAUGGGGGGAUUUGUGAUAGAAUAGAAAGCAUUGCCAACUAAACUUGUGCACAAAUGAGUUGCAGCUUCUGAGAAUGACUCCUUUUAAUAUGUGCCCAAAUGAAUGGAUCCAUCUAGGAUUUACAUGUGGACUCUCAUGUGCAUUGCAAAUGUCUUCUACUUCAGUGGAUAUCAUCAGUUGUGUUAAAUACCAUAGCUCUCCUACUGUUGGACCUGUCUCAUUAUGAUAUCUUUGCAUUCGCUCAAAUUUUUAAGAGAAUCUCCAAGUUCUCAUCCUCGUCCCCUCCCUCUGAUUCCAAUUGCUGUGUGCAUCAAUGCAUUGGAUUUGCAGAUUUAUGUAAUUGCUGCACAUGUGCCAUGUCUACAGUGCUUCUCUGUGAGAAGCAUCUGAUUGGAUAAAAGCCAUCAUGAUUGAUGACUUCCUGCUGGAAGAACCUGACUGCAACAAGGAGUCUGUCCAGGUACUCAAUUACAGGUAUGUAUUUUGGCUUUUUCAAUUUCAGUUAACCUUUGCUUCAAGCCUCCAUCAUUCAUAGGUAGCUGCAUGGAGUAUAUCAUCCACCUAUUGUCUCUAAAAAUGUUAUAAAGGGGGGUGUGAACACUACACUCUAUGCAGCCACUUAGUAUUGAAUGGAGUUGGAGUGCAGAGCUAUUUCUUUAUUAUACGAAUGGUUUAAUUUCCACUUGUUAAUAUUAAAAGUCACCACUUACCGGGUGGCGUUUUCUGGACGGGACUGAAACAAGUUGCAUGUUCUGCUACUCACCAAGGAGUUGAUGCAAAUUAUGCUGGACGCAAUGGCAUCCAAGCUGCAAGGUAACCUCCAACAAUGGUUUAGUGACCUCCGCAAUGAUAGCCAAGAAUUGGGCACCCGUACCACCACCCUAGUAAAGAAAAUGGCAGACCUCGCAUAAGCUCACAAUGAGCUGACCACUGCAGUGAAGAGCUAUGAAUCAAACCUAGCUGACCUGGAAGACAGGUCCAGACAAAGUAACCUCUGUGUCAGGGGGGUAUCGGAGGAGAUAGGCAUGCAAGACAUCCAGACUCAUGUUACUGAGCUGUUUCGCAUACUGGCUCCUGACAUGCCCCAGGACAUGCUGCUUAUGGACCGGAUGGUCCUAAAAUCCAGCAGAACAAUGACGGACUUACCCAUCAAUUUCUGAAAUGUAAAAAUCUUUGCUAACAUCUCGGCACCCACUAAGAGAAAGACAUCUUUACCCAUCACAAGCAUGCUAUGUAGCCAGCGCAUUAUGUACAGAUGGGGCUAUCCUACAAAACUAAUAAUUCAAUGCAACGGCAAAAUCACUACAAUCAACAGUCUAGAAAACGGCCUAUGCACGCUCUGCAGCUGGGACCUACAGAUUCCUGAACCCAUGGAAGCGAGGCAUCGAUCUCCACGACUUUAACAGGACUGGAAGAAAACAAGAAAACAGACCUCCAGAUGGCCAAUGAUUAAGGACUUUGUGCUCCUCAUUGACGCAAGUAUCACCUACACAUAUAUGCACUACAUUACCUGUUUAGAUGUUUUAGCCUACAGCACUUAACUCUCCUUAUGGACACUAUCACACUUGAUUAGUAGACACAUUAGAUGGCUGGACUAGCCAUACAACCAUAGAGAUGGGAAACCACUAAAUACGUCAAGCACAAAGAUCUAG